GCAAAGUUGCGAGCGAGCCGAGGAGCCCGGAGUGCAGUUGGCCGGUGGGGAGCGCGGGUGCCUCCGCUGCCGCCAUGGGAGCUGGUGAGUGGGAGACGUGGGGGGCUGUCUGCCUGGGGGCCCCUUGGAGGUAUCGCCUGCCUUGGCUCGGAGCUGGUUGGCGAGGCGCCCUCCGGGUUAUUGCCCCCUUGGAGAGCCGCUUUGGGCGCCGCUGCCUGCCUCCCUAUCUCCCCUCUGGGACACCGAGGCUUCGGGAGGAUGAGAGGACCUGACCUGCCUGAGGAAAGAUUGGGGCCGGCACCCCUCCCUGUCCCAAGGGACCCCCCCCCCCGGUGGGGAGAGGCCGUGAGGACUAGACACUCAGGAAACAGAGAGGCGUUUUCAUCUCUGUGUGGGUCUGGUUUGUUUGGUAGGGCUUAAGCUGAACCCUUCCUCACAACCGGAAUCUCUCGUGAGUGUUAAGGAGCCAUGGGAAGUAAUUAAUGGAGGGCGCCUGAGCGUGUGCAGAGUGCCUUUUCUGCAAGCCCGGGAUUCAAAGAGAGAAAGAGAGUGAUAGCGAUUUUCAGGGUUCGUAAACAUGCCCAGAUAAAAUGCUGGUGGCUGCUUGGCAAAUACUUGGGAUGCCUUUAUAAGCUGGUUUGCCUUGCUGCUCUUAAAUAAUCUGUGUAAUAGGGUGCGUAACUGGUGUUUUAUACAUAAUAACAGUACUUGUUAAUGAUAGUACCGAAAGGAAGUUCUAAUUUGCACAGCGCAUAAACGAUGGGAUUUACUGUCACAAGAUGUGGUGAAGGCUACCAGCCUGGAUGCUUUCUGAGGGGAUUCGACAAAUAAAUGGAAGAUAAGAGUAGCAAUGGCCACUUGUCAUUAUGGCUGUUUAAUAUCUCCAGGACUGGAAACCCUGUGACUUUGAAUAUCACUUGCUGGAGAAUAAUGGCCAGAAAAGGCUACUGCCGUCUUGUGUGGGCUUCUUUUUGGGCACUGUGAGAAACAGGAUGCUGGACUGAUCCUUCUUCAUAAGUUAUUAUAUUAGCUUAAUUGUAAUUGCUCAGUUUUGAAGUAUUACCAGUUCAGGCAGCCAAAUAGGGUAUUAUAAAGGAAAAUGUUUUGCUAUGAGUCUUUUGACUAUCCUAAAUAAUCAGGGCACACAUAUGCCUUGCUAAUUUGGGAAUUUGUAUGUGCUUGUGGUGUUUGAGCCCUGACAGUUCGCAUGUGCACCAUGCUUGUCUUACACCCAUGCACACCUCUCCCAAAGUUAGUAGUGAGCUCUGCUGUCAGUGCAGGUUGGUGGUGGAAAAAGUUGACUGAUUUCUCCAGGAAUGCCUUCUGUCCUUCCAGUAUAGUUGGGAACUUGGAAUUUUGCUUGUGCAUCUAGCCCCAAAUUAAUAAGAAGUCACUGACCACCACAGUGUUGUUGUCAAAGGAAUAUUUUGCUAAUUCUUCUUACUGGGGUUGCCAAAAUGGAAAAUGUAUCCCAAGUCUACCCUGAUAUUGAACCCUAGUACUAUAGCAUUUUAGGAUGCCAUAUAUGUUAUUAUUCUUGUGGUUCAAGAUUGCCAUAUGGUCUACUGAACAAAUGUUUAAAGUGGGGAUUUUCAGAUUCCCCAGAAUCCUUUCUGAAAUACUAAUGCUGGUGUCCUCUGAUGAAGAUUUAUCACUCUGGAUUAAAUGGAGGCAGGUGACAGCUUUCUGAGUGAAGGCGAAGCCAACACUCUUUGCUCUAACAUCUGUGCAAACUCAAAAGGUUUGGGUUGGAGGAGAGUCAAAGUGUCUAAACAGUGGAUUCCCCCCCCCCCCCCGCACUGUUUUGAAGCAGUUUCACAGCAAAACCAGGAAAUGGAGUAAUGGUGUCCUGUGACCUUUUAUUAUAUUUAGGAGAGAAUGACAAUGGUUCUUUUCCUAAUAGAGAAACAAAGGGAAAAUGUUGGAUCAGGAGUUUUGAAUAAUGCCGCAACAGCCUGGUUGAGGGGUCAAAAGGGACAGGACUUUUAUUGAGUUGUCAGAUUCUUCAGCCUGCUGAGGGGGUAUCUGUGAGCCUGGAUACUAGGUUGCAGUUAUGAAUUUGAAGAGCAGACAAAUGCAAGCAACUGCAACUCUCAAUACUGUGGUGGUAGGAAAGAUAUAUUGUUUUGCUGUGUAGAGCUUUCAAAUAACAGAGGAAGUACUGAGGUUUUUCCUGGCUUUGGGAGCUUUUUACAGGAAAAGAUGUGAAAGUUUUCUGUCCUUUCAAAAAAUGCAGAAAUAUUUUUCCUUUCUUUUCAUAUGUACACUUGUCAGUUAAAAGAAAUAUGGGGGAGAUGGAGGGAACUCCCUGUUUUGUUGGCACUGGAUUGGCUUGGAAAGUCAGAUUUUCUCUCUCUAUAUAUUUUUGACCCAUUACAAGGUUUGAGGUGAUGUGGUGGUAGAUCUUCUUGAAGAUUACCAAUGUCAGAAACAGGUAAGGUUAUUUGCUAUCUAAAUUGCAGACCUAUAUGCAUUUACUUGGGAAUAAGCCAGCAUUUAUUCCCUUUUCAACUUCCCAUUCUUUAAGAUCUGCUGAUUACUUUUUCCAUGUUCCUCUUCCAUCAGAGGUGCAAAUACUAUGUAUAAGGAGAGGGCUUUCUUGGCAGACAACCUAGUUAUGGAAUGCACUCUUCAAAGAGGAUCACCUGGCACCAGCACUGCUAUCAUUUUGGCAGCCAGACUUGUAAAUAAACCCACAAAAGUUGCUAGUCUGCAAAACCUUUUUUAAAAAAAAAAUUACUACCGUGCUGCAGACUGGGAAAGUGGAUGGAGAUAGUGCUGUCCCUCCUGCAGUAACCCACUACGCUUUUGUGCUAGGUACACAGGAGGGAGAGACAGAGCACUUUGCACACCCAUCUGCAAGCAAUUCCAUGCAUAUUCCUGCAUCCAGUACCUUCUUACCUCACCUCUGGCUACCAGGCUACUGUUUAAAUGCAAAGCACUCCCUAAUUAAAAAUAAAUAAAUACUCAGAUGUUUUAAUAGAUUUUAUUGACUUAAUUGUGCAAGUUGUAGUCUCUUUUAAAUUUUAUCUGCUGUUUAAUUGUGUUUUUUAUGCUGCAAAUACUGCCUAGAAUUUUGGUAUGAUGGAAGGGUGGUAUUGAAUCAUUUGAAUUUAAUGAAUAAAGUCCCAUUUGAUUAAUGGGACUUACUUCUGUAAAUGUACAAUGGAUCAAAAUAUAAUUGGACAAAGUAGUUUAUCAUUUUAAACAAUUAUCUCCUUGCUGAGAGGUAGAGCAGAAUUGUUGGUACUUUUGCAUUUGGGAACUGAGACUGAAGAGAGGGUCUAUGAGUUCAUAGUACAGUGAAGAUUCAAAGCUAGUUUUCCUGGGUCAAGUCUGGCAGGCUUUGUGUGCCCUUUUGAAAUAGCCUGUGAAACAUCCUUCAUAACCACAAUUUGUUUGUAGCUUUAGCAAUAUUAUGUUUCUGUUGUGGGUGAUGCCUGCAUUGCUGCUUUAUCUCUUUCAUUGGAAAACUGGUUUGUUCAUCUGUGGAGAACGCUUAAAAUGGCAAGGCUGCUUAUUCUGCAAAAUGUAUAUGCACAGCCACUUGAUCUCACCUUCCAUUCAUGAGCAAUUUUCCAGUUGAGUGGCUGUAGUUGAGGUUUGCAGCACCUGUGCUGGGAUGACUGGUUUAAAGAACAGGCCAUUUUUAUGGAUCAUGGAGGUUCUUCUUCCAUCAUUAGCUUGAGGUAUCAGUCUCACAAAACUGUUACAUUUCGAAUUCCCUAAGGAUUUGGCAGUCCAGAGACAGAUUGCUCUGAUCUGCCACAUCAUGGAUUGGCAAGAUUAACCCCUACUUAGACAUACAGAUGUGUUUUACUGGGAAUUAGAUGCUGUGAUGGCUUUAAGUGACUCAUGAUGGUGUUAUGAUAGCAUUUGACUCUGAUAUCUUGUUUUUUAAAAGGUUUGAUAUUCCAGUGUGAUAUGAGAAAUCAGCAUUCAGAAUCAGCGACCUUUUAUGCAUGCUUGUGAAAGGAGACCUGCAAGCAGUGGCUGUCUGUAAUUUUUGUGUUUGCAAAGUGUUGAAUGUUAAGAUUGUUGGAAGAUCAGCCCAGGUAGCUGCUGUACAUGGAACUGGGGUUUGUAUGUGCAUUAUCUUGUCAUUCACCUCCAGCAGCAAAAUGUCCUGGGCUUCUAUACACAUUCUUCUAUCUUCACCACAUUUGCAAGAUUAGGAUGAUAAGGUUGUUGGAUCUGGCCACAGGGCUGGCCCAGGACAUUUGACAGCCCUAGACAAAACUGAAAAUGCUGCAUGCCGAUGCAUGCACACUGCUGUACACACACACACACACACACACACACACACACUGUCUGCGGUGAGCAAGGGACUAAAAAGAGGUGUGCGGCAGGCAGGCAUUUGUGUGGGUGUGCAGGCAGAUCCACCGUCCUAGGCAACCGCCUCACCCCACCUCUUGCAUACCAGUUUUAGGAUACUAUUUCCCUUCUCCCAUCUUUCGCCCCACGUCCAUCUUCUUGCCUGUAGAGUUAAGCACUCCACCACAUCUGUUUAGGGGGAUUGAUGACCAAAGUCUGACAAAAUCACUUUUGCUCUGUGACCUUCCUUGCUGGUGCAGUGCAGCUGUCGUCUUGUGUUGAACUGUGAGGAACAGUCACUCCAGUAUGAGUUCACAUUUGCCAUUAGCAUAAUUUCCUUAGAGGGAAAAGCAGAAUGAUCUUAGACUCUGUAAACCAGGGCCAGGGAACCUGAGGCCCUCCAGAUGAAGUUCUGUUGCAUGGACAGUGUUCUGCCCAUUAACUACCAACACUUUCUAGUGAAAGUGCUGUGCACUUUUUAUCUCUUGAUCCUAUAACUACAUUUCAGAAAUAUAUGGGUCUUACUCCCAUAUAAGUGUGCAGAACAUUGCAGACAGGUAGUCUUCAAGUGCAUGAUCUUGCCUUGUGUCCUUGCAGAGAGCUAAACAAAAACCUACUCAUCUAACUGAAGCUCCUUUCUCUCCUAGCAGGAAUAGUUUUGUAGUGACGGCUGUAGGAUGAAAGGUUUUGGAUUUUGCUUUUGGUAUAAAGUGCCUGUUUAUUUGCACAUUGAGAUGUUUUAAUUGAUAUAGUAGCAACCAAACAGUGUGCAUAUUUGUACGGAGGGAGAGUACAUGGAUUACAGAAUAGGAAAUGUGAUUUAAAUCAGUUUGAUCUUUUCUGGAAAGUUCCUUGCAGCUUUCUUGGGAGGAGCCAAUAACCCUAGAAUGUGAGGGCAAGGAUGAUGCUCAGAAGAAGCUGUGCAGGAUGACUUGUGUAACAUGCUUCCACAGUACCAUAAGACCCUAUUGUGUUGUGUGUUCCCCUGGGAGAGCCCAGCCCUGCAAGUUUGUAUCGAUAUAGAUUCCAAGAGGUUGUGCUGUCUCAAUGAAGUGCUUCCUUUCUGCUGUUUUGUGUCAACUGUAAAUCUCUAGGCUCUUUGCCAAAGUAUUAGCCUGAAUCUGCCCUGGCCUACUGACAGGAGGGAAAGGGUGUUAGCUAGCUAGCUGGAUUGCUUUAUAUUCCUGUUCAUAUCACAGCUUGGAGCAGCAGAGAGCCAGCUUUCUCUCUGUGUGGUAGGAUUUUCCCUCUUCCAAGAGGCUCAUAGCAGAGUGAACUGGGAAAUGAUACCUCUGUUAGUUAGAUCCUUUGCUGCUGUUAGAAAUCACGUAUUUUCUGUUUGCAUUUUGUUUUCUAUUCUUUUUUAAAUAGUCAAACUUUACACUUCUGGGGAGCAGGAUAAGAAAAAUUAAGUAGAAUUUUCCUUCUCUGGAACACAUUUUUAAACUGGCUUUUUUCUGUAUUCUAGAAUUGACAUUUCUGUCUUGGGGCCAAACUACACAUGGCAUUAAUCACUUGGUUUUACACUGAGUGCAGGAUUUUUCUUGUAGAAAUGUCUAGUGUGGUAUUCUGAUGGGGACCCUGCAGUGGGCUGUGGGUGGGGCAGGGUUUUAGCUUUCUCUCUAAUGGGAUAUUUUUCUCUGUGCAAAUUGCGCUUGUGGGGCUCCAGAUGUGAUCUGUGACUUCAGGGUGUGGCAGAGGGUGAAGAGCCCGCUCCCAAGUCCUGCUCAGAAUUAGGUCCCCCAUACUGGCUGUUUCUGCAGGAAAAACCCUCCACUCAAAAGGCAAAUAAUUUGACUGGUAUCACAUAUCUGUUUAAAACUGUUUUGUUUUUUUAAAAUUGUAUUUUGCAUUACUGUGACCUGCCCUGUAUCUUUUUGGUGAAGGGCAGGUGAAAGUAGUAGUAAUAAUAGUUGUUAUCAUUUAGAUUGUUAUUCUGGUUGUUGUUGUUAUAUUUAUACCCCACCUUUCUCCCUGAUGGGACUCAAGGAGGCUUACAUAUAAAAACGAGAACUGUUAAAAACAUAGAAAAAACAAUUAAACAUUGUUAGAAGUAAAACUAUAUACGUAUAUAAAAUCUAUUUAAAACCAUACAAAUAAUCACAAUAAAACCAAUAAAAGUUUAGUCUUUAUUGUGCUACUUCCUGCCUGCUGUGGGAUCGAAGUGGGAAUUAAGCACUUUUUUUCUUUUCUUUGGGUAGCGCCUGAAUAACUUAGGUUCAUGGGAACAUAGGAAAUCGCCUUAGUCAGACCAUUUGACCAUCUAAGUCUACACUGACUGGCCAUAAUUCUCCAGGGUUUCAAGCACUGAGUCUCUCUCUGCUUUACGUGGAAAUGCUUGGGAUCAAAUAGGGGAUCGCCUGCAUGCAAAACAGAUACUCUACCACUGAGCUUUGGCCUUUCUCCAGUACCCAUGGCUUGGCUCGAUUCUUUUCACCGCUUGUCACUCUUGUGAAACUGCCUCACAGUUGGGGCUCCUUGGUUACCUGUGAGACACAUGGCCUUUUGACAAAGAGAACUAGAGCUUUGUCCUCAAGCUAAGGAAGUGCUGGAAUUCCAUGUGCAGGCCAAGGCUGAGAACGCACCAUUUCUUUUCCUCUGCAAGCAGGUGCCCCUCCAGCCCCAAGCCUAGCUAGGCAAAGGUCAGGCUUGCUGUUCCUGCCUCUGAGCCAGUGACCUACUUUGUUGAUGGGAGAGCUGUAUAUGCUUGUGUGUCUGCGUGUUCCGCUCCCUCCGGAGUGAGAGGAAAGCCAGACAUGGAGGACCCAUCCCUCAUUAUUAAUGUCUGCAAUCCAAGCUGUUGGUUUCUCACAGUUUUCUGCUUAAGAUUAAGAACUCUUUUGCAAGAGUCUUCACCAAGACUUCCUCGACUAGGGAACAGAAGCUGUCCUCGGAUAAGCACAGAAAUUUCUGCACAGACUAGGAUAGCCAGGUGCCAUGGAGGAAAGGGCUCAGAUAAACUUAGAUAAUUGUGUAGGAGGGAGCUUUGAAAAAAGCAGCAUUCCUCAUUUUUGAAGUACUGUGACCUUGCAAGAAGCAUCUGCUGAAAUCCAGAGAGAAAGAGAAAGCAGUUUCUCAGUACAAAGAGGCAGGGACUAGUGGUUACUAGGAGGAAACAGAAACCAUUGCAGAAUAAAGCGCUCUUGCUUUUGGGACACUGAAAAUUAUUCUCUGGUUACAUUGAGGCCAAUUGUUUUUAGCAUUUUAUCACCUAUGGUUGUCAACUUGUUUCCCCCCCUUUAAUCUGACAAGUUUCUUGCCAACCAGAAGGAGCUCAACAGGUGUCACUUUCCUGGGUCUCAAAAUAUAUGUGCAGCAAAAAGCCCCCACCCCUUUGGUGGUGGUAGUCACAGAAUGUUUUGUCAGUGACAGCGGAGAGAGCCAUCAACUCUAUUUGCAAUUUCAUUGAAAGGUGAUCCAGUUAUGGACUCGCAUUUUCCACUUUUAGGACACGUGCAAACUUUCAAAUUGAAUCAGACUUAGGAGCAAUAAGUUCUUCCUAUUUAUUUCUAGAGAAACCAGCUGUAUGGCAGAGCACUGAUUAGGUGACAAUCAAUCACUUCCCUUCCAUUUCCUUAUCAAGCUGUGCAGUUUACUAAUUAGCUGGUCCUUGUACGAUACUUCUAAACUGUCAUUAUGUUAGGUGGGAUUCAACCACAUACCAGUAAAUUUGGAUUAAAGCUGACUUGGAACUCUUGUACAACAAGCCUACUUCACCAAAAAGAUCAGAGUCUUUGUGAUAAGGAAAGUAACAGUAAAGUCCACUGGAAAGUGUGAGAUAACUCUUCCUUUGACACAAUGUCAUUUUUCCUCCCCAGAAAUAAGUCAGAAUGAAUGUUCAUUAUACAGCCAAGGUUGUCUAUUCUCCUUGUAAACAGGGUGAAUACUCAAUAAACAGGUCAUUCGAAAACACAUAUAGAACCACAGAGUUGAAAGAGGUCUUGUAGUCCCUCUAAGCUUAACACAGGAAAUCCAGAGAUGGAGCAUCCUUAACAGAUGUUCAUCUUUGGCUUGAAGACCUCCAGUAAAGAACAGUUCACCAACCCUCUAGGUAACUGUCAAGAUCCUGUAACCUUCAAUAAGUUUCUUCUCAUGUCAAACCAAAAUCUGCUUGUAACUUAAGGUGAUUGGAACAAAUCCUGUUCUCUGGGCAGCAGAGUACAAGUCUUUGCCCUGUUUUGUGUGUCAAUUCUUCAAAUGUUUGAAGAGUACUAUUAUGAGUCUACCUCCCUUCAUGUCUUCUCUCCUCCAGGCUAAAGGUACCCUGUCCCUUCAUAGGAUCUCUUUUCCAUACCACUGGCCAUCCUUGUUGCUGUCCUCUGGUUCUGUUCCCAUUUGUUUAUACCAUUCUUAAAGUGCAGCACCCAAGACUAGACACAGUGUUCCAGAUGGAGUCUGACGAGUGCAGAAUAAAAUGGACCUGUUACUUCCUGUGACUUGUAAUCUGUGGUACAAGGGCACUCCUCACUGUUACCCAGAACAUGCUUCCAUCAAAAAAUAAAAUAGGUUUUUAUUAAGGCAUCAAAUAAAUAUUUAAAUACAGGUGCUUUAAUAAUAAUAAUAAUAAUAAUAAUAAUAAUAAUAAUAAUAAUAAUUGUUUGACUAAAACCUUCAGGGAGAUGUGAAUAUCCACACUGGAGCUAUAACCAGAUACCUGUGUCAGCAGAGGAGCAAAGGCAGGGAGAAGCACAAAGCAGGAAAACCCACAGUGACUGUUGGAGGGAGGGUUUGCCUUAGUUCUUAAUGGGUGUUGCAGGAAAUGAAGAGUGUUACAGGCACUCUUUUCCACCCGCUUGGCCUGGUGGUCUCUCCUUCCCCUGCCCAGCACUCCAUGCCUAUUGAGCAUGGAGUUCUCAUUGGGCUAUCUUUCCUUCUUCCCCUUUCUUCCUUCCUUCCUUCCUUUCUUUUUUUUCUUUCUUUCCUCCAUUUGGGUUUGGGUUGGGUGGGUGCCCCUGUACCCAAUCCCAACUACAUGAAAAGUUUUAAUUUCUCACUGUAUCUCUCUGGGCAACGCUCCCUUCAUUGGCUGUCAACAUUUAAAAAUAGCUUUUCAUUGUGAACCUGGGAGUGACCUUUCCAGACAGUGGGAUGGUUCCUAUAUUCUCUUGUUCCAGCCACUUUUCGCUAUUUUUUUUUUUAAUCCUGCUUUUCAGUCAUUCUCUUUUCUCCUCCAUUUGCCAUUUUUCUGUGUACUGUCAGUGUAAAUAAGUAUAAAGCAAACUGUUACAGCUAAAUUUGUCGGACUUUUUGUCAGACCGCCCCCAGAGGGUUCGGUUGGGCCCCUAUACCUCUAAUAUGCUCAAGACUAACAUAGGAACACCACAGGGAUGCGUACUCAGUCCGCUCCUUUAUAUUCUCUACACGUACGAUUGUGUCGCUACUCUUUUUUUUUUUAAAAUAAUUUUUAUUAAAGUUUUAAACAAAGAAAAAAGAAAAAACAACACACACAAAAAAACAAUACAAAAUUUAACAAUAAAAACACACAACAUAACAGUUUAAAACAAACUCUCUGUUAGAUUCCCAAUUUUGAAUUACUUAUUUUCUGGACUUCCUCAUACCUCCCUCUUUUGUAUUCCAAUCUACAUUAUUUGUCCAGCAGUUUCUUUUCCACAUUUUUAAACCAAAUAUUUAAUUUAAUGAAAUAUUAAACUAUAUAGCUUCAGCUUUUUUAAACAUAAUCCUUGUUCUUAAUAUCAUAUACCUUUAAAUUUUUCUCUUUUAUUAUCAAAUUUCCAUUUCUUUAAACAUCUUUAAUCUUUAAUCUUUAAUCUUAAUCUAUCCUUAGCUUUAACCUGUACAGCUGGAAACCACUUAUUUUCAAUCCAACAUCACUCUAACAUUCCUUAAUUUUGCAGUGUUUCUGAAGAUAGUCUUUGAAUUUCUUCCAAUCUUCCUCCAUCGACUCUUCUCCCUGGUCACGGAUUCUGCCAGUCAUUUCCGCCAAUUCCAUGUAGUCCAUAAGUUUCAUCUGCCAUUCCUCCAGCGUGGGAAGUUCUUGUGUCUUCCAAUACUUUGCGAUAAGUAUUCUUGCUGCUGUUGUUGCAUACAUAAAGAAAGUUCUAUCCUUUUUUAACACCAUUUGGCCCACUAUGCCCAGGAGAAAGGCCUCUGGUUUCUUGGGGAAGGUAUACUUAAAUACCUUUUUUAAUUCAUUAUAUAUCAUUUCCCAGAAAACCUUAAUCUUUGGGCACGUCCACCAAAGGUGAAAAAAUGUACCUUCAGAUUGUGUCGCUACUCACCCUAGUAAUAGGGUUGUCAAAUUUGCAGAUGACACAACCGUGAUUGGGCUCAUCUCUGAAAGGGAGGGUGAAACGGAUUAUAGAGAUGAGGUGGAGCGGCUGACAGAGUGGUGCAGAGCUAACAACUUGCUCAUAAAUACAAGGAAGACAAAGGAGCUUGUGGUGGACUUCAGGAGACAGAAGAGCAACGUCCAGCCACUUUUGAUUGAUGGGGUCUGUGUGGAGAGGGUAACAACGUUCAGAUUUUGGGCAUUGAAUUACAAGAGGAUCUGUCCUGGAGUGUCAACACAAGGGGGCUUGUGAAGUAGGCGCAGCAGUGACUGUACUUUUGAGAAUACUAAGGAAAAACCACCUUCCGCAGAAACUGCUGCUUGCCUUCUAUCACUGUGCCAUUGAGAGCGUGCUCACUUAUGGCUUAUGUGUGUGGUACGGAAGCUGUACUACCCAGGACAGGAUGGGGUUGUGCAGGGUUGUUAAGGCAGCGGAGAGUAUUGUUGGCUGCCCACUCUCCACCUUAGAGCAGAUUUAUGCCACAAGGUGCCAUAGGAAGGCACUGGACAUAGUAAAAGAUCCAUCGCAUCCUGGUCACUGUCUCUUCGAGCUCUUGCCGUCGGGACGGAGAUACAGGACGAUGAAGACAAGAACGAGCCGUCUUAAGAACAGCUUCUUCUCCAGAGCGAUCUCGGCCCUGAAUGGGAAGCCCGGACUUUGAAAGUCAUCUAAUCUCCCUUGCUGUGUUAUACUGUAUUGAUUAAUUAGUGUUUUUAUGGAGCAGUCAAGUAAUUUUGUUGUCCCCGAAGGGGGCAAUGACAAUAAAGAUGAUAUUAUUAUUAUUAUUAUUAUUAUUAUUAUUAUUAUUAUUAUUAAAUCCAGUCACAUACUGCAUAGUGUCCUGUAUUUACUGUAUCUAGGCACAGUGAUUUAACCAUCCCCUGCCUCCUUAAGAACAAUCCAGGGUCCCAAGUCAGCCUCCCUUCUUUUCCUUGACCUAGGAGAAACCCUGCUGCAGGCCUGCAUUAGGAGCCUUGCCAGGGAGUUGCAUCAAACCCUGCUAAAAGUUGCUGACACCUGUGAGGAGCCUGCAUUUAGUUAACAAGGAUUCAACAGACAGUGCAUUGUGGAAUUUUGGAAUACUUUCCAAAGAGCAGUGAGCUGAUGGACAAUGUGGAGGAAGCAAGAGCCCAGAGGGAGAGAACUGGGGCCUUGCGGUAAAAACCUUGGAUGCUGCCCAGAAACUUUAAAUCUGCCUUUUGAAAUCAGUGAAAACUGAAGAGCACAGUUAAGUGCUCACGCUUCACUGAUUUCCACAGGACAAGUUCAGCAGGAAAAAGUCAAGCUGUAGAUUUGCUUUCUCUUUCCUGCAUGGGAAGUUCUGUGGCAUUUUCUGCUGUCAUGAUGUGAUGGGGGAGGUUCUGUGGCUGUUAAAUCUACUGCGGUCUCUGGCUGUGGGUCUAAGGGCAGAGAGUGUCAGGUGUGUGACGGAACGGGGAGGGGGAAUUGAUGGGUGAUGAAUUCUGGGGGAGGAACGUUGGGAUUAGAGCCGAAACCAGUUCUAUCCCUACUUAGUGCCCCAGAUGAGUCACUCUUCCUGUGCCCACACCUUUGCUGGGAAUGAGUGAAACAGGGUGUUUCUUAUGGGCUGUCUAUUUACAAACAGUGAAUGAUAUUUUUAGAUAAAGUUAAACUUUUAUUCCCUCUGGUGGAUCAUCCACGAGGAUGAGGCGUCAUUGAGCUCUCCUGACGCCUUUUGUUGGUUUGGCUUAUGGUGAAGGCCUGGAGUGCUAUUGAAAUGGCUUCUUUGAGACUAUUAGUUAGUAUAGAUUAAUGAACCCUUAACAUGCUUAGCUUGUUCCCCAUGCACCAAGAGGUGAAAGCGUAGUUAAAGUUUAGGUACAGCUUCCCUUUUAUAGUACAAUGCCUCUCCCCCCCGCCACUGCUCCUGUGAGUGAAUUAUCCUGAUACAGUGUCAAGAUUCUUUUUGCCUCUUGCGUAUUUAUUAAGUCUCCUUUUCAACUCUUAUGUAUUUUGUGUGAAUGAAGAAAAGAGAGAGUACUGCAUGUUAACCAGGUGCUAUUCCUAAGUGACAUUUUGAAUUUUGAAUUCCCUUAAACAAGUUGCAUCAGGAAAAUUAUUAGUCUCUUGAAGAAGGUGUGGGUCUAACAUGUGUUUAGAACUGUGUGUGGGUAAAAGUGCUAGUGGUGGAAAAAUGAGCUGGCAGGGAAAGGAUUAAGCAUCCUUGUGUUGCUGCCCCCUGCCAAAGUUGGUUUUCCUUUCCUGAUCAUUCUUCAUCAAGCUGGUUUUUUUAAUUAAAAAUAAUAUUGGGGUGUAAUAUAUAUCCACAUGCAAUAUCUUUGUUGGCUCUAAAGUUCUUCUAACUUUGGUCUUGGUGACUGGGGUCAUAUGAUCCCCAGUAAUGGAAGGAAGCCCUUGCAAAAUUAGGACUCCCGGGUCUUUGUAUUCCACUGCCCAGAGCAUUCAGGUGGGGGUCCUUCAGGAAGGGCAGCUCCUAGAGAUGUUUAUAAGUUAACAAUGAUGUUUUGCAUUGCCCACCAUCCUUUGUGUUGUCCUAGAAGAGGAAACAACUCAACAUAGCCCAGUAGGAGAAAUAUUCCUGAAAGAAUUGGGAGGGAGGAAGACAAUAUGUUACUGCAUGCAGUGCAUCCCACCCCAGAUCAUUGAAAAUAGAUGGCUGAUGGAGAAAGAAAGUGUUGCACUCUUUCACUGAGAAUCUGCAGUUGUUAUACACUCUAUACUUCCCCUGCCCCACCGCUGUCAUUUUUCCUGUUAGUGACAGUUAAUGAAUGACGGUGUGUUCUCCAUAACAGGACAGAUGGUAGCCUUGGUUGGGGCUUGGUUUACAUUUAGAAAAUGUAAUGUGGGUGAAAACGUUAACCUCCUUCUGUAGGGUCCAGAUCCUCACCCCCACCCUGGCUAUCUUUAAAAGAUAUGUAAAGACAUAGGAGAUUUGUGAUCAGAUCUCCAACAUUUCAUCUAGUUUAACUCUACUGUAUGUUUUCUUUUGGCCAAAAGUAUUGUACCUCUCUAUAGGAGCUUCCGGACUGUUGCUGUUUUGGAUGGGAUUGAAUUGCAUACUGGCAAAUUUAGGUCAUGCAAUUAUAGUUGAUUGGGAGGUCUUGCACAAUAAACCUGCUUCCCCAAAAGAUUGGACAUUUUUCAAGAAGGAUUGUGUGAGAAAGUUUUAAGACAAUAGCAGUGUGGCUGGACUUUGGUAUGUACUUCUGCAGAAUACGUUUUACUGCUUCCUCUUCUCUCUUAUCUUGGCUAAUUCACCUAAUUCCUUGUUCUGGAAAAAUGUUAGGUUCCUAUAUAAAGAGUGUGAAUCCAUAUGAGUCUUUGUUUCACAGGUCUUAGUUCCCAAGCCUAUCGAAUAUUUAUUUUGGGUGGACGGUCUUCUCCACUUUGGACACGGAUACAUUGUGUGUGUGUAUUUAUGUAUGGAUCUGUUCAAGGCUUCAAGUGGAAAACUGACACAUUUGUGAGGUUUUGAAGUCUGGGAGUGGUAUUCAACUAAAUUUUAUUCAGCAUGGACCCACUGAAAUAAAUGAACCCGACUAAGUUAGGUCCAUUCAUUUUAGUAGGUCUUUACUGAGUAAAUCUUAGUUGAAUACCACCCUGCAUUUUCCAAAUGAUGAACCUUGGUUGAAAUUUGACAAGGCAGUUCCAUGCAGUUCUAUAACAUUACCUUCUUGCAUUUCUGAGAGGAACCUGCUGCCAAAGAACUUGGCCUUUACCCAGAUAACUCUGUUCCUGUGACUGCCUCAGCCCAUAUCCCACUGAUUAAUGGGAUGGAAGAGCUGUCUCAAGUCGGCACUCAUGUAGUAAUUGGUGCAUCCCUGGCCACGCUGGUGCACUUUCAUCAGGCAUGAGUGAUUGGUACUGUCAUUUCACUAUGGCUGUGAUGCAAGCCUCUUGUUUACAGUAUUUAGCAAUUCUUGCUACUUGCAGCUUGAAGAUGCAUCACAGGAAGUGCUGUUCGGCUCUUGUCCUUGCCUGGGCUGGCAGAGGUGAAUUACGUGCUUCAGAGCCAGCAUUUCUCUUCCUUGAUUCAUCCAUAACCAGUCAUCUUUGGCAUUUGAUUUCACUCUUUCCAUAGCCACAUGGGGCAACAAAUGUUCCACUGAGAGGGUGUCUUGGAUUGAUACCAGCUUAGCUGAGGCCUUUUUCUUUUUUCUUUUUGGUUGGAUUUGAUGAUCACCAAAUGAAACUGGGACCUUUGUUCCUUGAAAAGGCAAGUUGGGAUGACUCAGAUAUUAGCAAUGGUAGGAAGUCAGUGUUGGCUUUUAAAGUGCUGAGGGUUCUUCUGAUGCUGUACUUAUACAAGGUCAACGUAAAGCAUUACAAGAUCCAUGCUACAUGCUCUGAUUAGUUAAUGUUGUGGGCACAUUCAUUGCUAUACAAUUGCUAAAGUGAAGAAGAUGUGAACCAAGUCUCCGUGCCUGGAUGGGCAAUCAUUAACAACUUCAGGUAAAGCAAGGGCAGCCAACAUUUUUGGACCAAGGGCUGCCCUUACCCUUGGCCAAUCCUCUGGGGGCCGCAUGCCAAUGAUGGGUGGGGCCACUUUCACUUGCACAUAGCUUGGGGCAGAUGAGCAGGGGCAAUAUUAUUACUCCAUUUCCAAUGAUCAAAUGAUCAGUCUUAAUGACCAGGGAGGAGUGAUUUGCAUCUGUGUCAGGAAGCUGGGUUUCACCCACCCCAGUGCUGUGUCUCCUCUCUUUUUUCCACCUUAUUGCUGCCACUGCCAAACUCAGUGGGGUCUUGAGAGGAUCAGAAAAAAGGUGCUUGGGGGGAGGGGUUCAGAUUAGGUUCCUGAAUUAUGAAUUAGCUACUCCUGACAUAAACCAUUCAUUGUUGAAAUUAAGCGGAUAUGGAUCAGUGAGUGCACUGAGAGCCUUGUAUAAACUGCUCAGAGUUUUCUAAAGGAAGAGUGGGUUAUAAGAAUAAUAAAUAGAGGAAAUGCAUUCUGCUUUGUGUAGAAAGGGGUGGGGUGAAAAAUCUAUAGGUGUCCAGCUGUUGUUGAACUCUAACUCCCAUUGCUCCCUCCAGCACUGCUAAUGUUCAGGGAUCAUGGAACUUGUAGUCUAGCAACAUCUGGAAGGCUGUGGGUUCCCCAUCUCUGAUGAAAAAGCUAAUCAUGGAUCUAUAAUCCUGAAUGGUGACACAGCAAUUUUUCUCACUGUAUUUCACUGGAGCAGGGUUGAGAGAUCUUUGAUUAGCCAAAGAAUGUGACCAAUCCUUGCGUAUAUGAAAUACUCUGUUGCAUUUUGCAGUGGGCAAGGGCAGUGUUUACAGCCAGGAAGAAAGCACCAGGAUCUUAAACUGCUGGUUGGGAUGGGUGCUGUGCAGUCAGAUAAAAGCUUCGCUGACCUCUUACUCCCAUGGGAGACAAUGUCCUCACAGAAGGCCACUGUGCACAACUGCGUCUGUGUGGCUUGUGUAGGCUGCUCAGCAUGCCUGUGGUUUGGCCAGAGAACAUUGGCCUUGCAGCUGGCAGGCUGAUUUCAUUUGUUUUAUUCUCACUGAGACAGAAUCUCUUAUGGGCUAUGGGCUAUGGGCUGGUGUGCAGGUAUCCCAGGAUACGAAGCAGCAGCUGCUGCUUUAAGCUUCCCCAGCCUCUCAUGGCAAAACAAGUAGCUUUGCGCAGAGAUGGUGUGGUGCACCCAACCGGACACGGUUAUCUAAAUGUGGAUUUAUGGUCAGGGCCAGCCCAAAAUAUUUUGCCACCUCAAGUAUAGGACAAGAUACAUAGAGAAGCUAACUGGACUUGCAGUUGAAUUUUACUUCAGCAAUGUAAAUUGGAUAGCAUCAUCCAUUGUGUCUGAGAACAGGGCUCUCUACCUUAGGGGGCACACAGUGGGCUAAGUGGCACACCCAGUGCUGCCUAUCAUCUACACCAUUCCUUGUGUCCCAACCCCUGCUUUCUGAGGCAACAACUUCCCUCUUCCCAAUGUUAGGGUCAGUCCUGCUUCUGGUAUUGCACAAAACAGAUUCCAUGUUUGUAUCCUGCUCAUACACAGCCCACUCACCAACACUUGCCUUGGUGUAAACACUGCUGUAGGCAGCUGGUCACAUAGGUCGCCCAAGUUACAAGCCCUGGUAGGAUUGGUGGGAUAGGAGACAGUUGAUUUCUGGGGCAGAUUCCUAGACCGGCCUGUCCAGAAGAAUAGUGCCAGCCAGGAGCUGGUGGAAUAAGGAUGCAGGAAAGCAGAAACAAGGAAGGAACUCCUUGAUCGAGACUAGGGAGCAACACAAACAAGGCCAGAGUUUAGCUGUGUCCCAGGCAAUGAAGGAACCAAUGGCUUCCUGAGGAGGAAGGAGUUCUGGAACUUGCAUUCUAAUAGUUCAUUGCAUGCAGAGCAGGAAGAUUCCCGGAACUCUGUUGAUCUCUCAUAAUAUGGAGGUAGGUACUCUGGCACUGAGAGAAUUGCUGGUAAAUGCCUCGUUGGCUAGAGAAUGUGUGGGGAAUCUACGGCCCUCUGGAUUUUGCUGGACCCCAGCUUCCAUCAGUUGCUGCAAACAUAGCCAAGGAGUGAAGGGAAUUGUAGUCCAGCAUUGUCUGGAAGAUCACACGUUCCUUUCUCCUCAGCUAGAAAAAACCUUCUUCUUUGACAAUCACUCGUAGCCGAGUAAGAUAGUCUUCCAUAAACACGGUUUUAACAGUGAGUCCAUAAGUGAUUGUGGAGGCCAGUUCUGGAUCCCCCACGUCCUUCCACAGUGGGGACAUACCGGUAGGUUUCCGGGCGGGAGUUGAUUAUGGUGAGGGUUUGCCAAAUGUUCCUUCCUCUUACCACGUUUCUCCCUUUCGUCCUGUGGUCUUCUCUGAGCAGUGAUGAAACACAAAGAGACUAGCUUGAGGUUAGUGGUGAUAAGAAAUGAAAGGGGAAGAUUAAAAGUUCAGUUUCCACUCUGGUUGCCCUCAAAUAAAUGGAAUCACAGGUUCAACUCACAUGAUACUGUUCUCCUGCACACAAGCAAACUCUUUUGUCCCAGGGAUCAUACUCAUUUGGUGGGAUUUUGUGUGUGCAAAUCCUAAGCAAUCUACAUGCAUGAUUGUAUAGAUUAACCUCAACAUAAAUUGAGCAGUAUAUAAAUAAGCAUAUCCAGCCAUUUCCUUAGUUGCUGUGGUUGAAUAGGGCCUACCACUGUUGUACAAAUUAUUGCCAGUUGUCCCUAUCCAUUCCUGCUUAAUGACAGCUGCAGAUUGUUCACAUGUAGGAGCAACAUCCUGCAAGCAGGGAGAUAAAGGGAGUAACAGGGCAAUUGUUUCUCUGCUGGGAUAGGUCUCUUGUGAAUAUGCGUUUCCUGACCACUGGUCUCAAAUGAAGCUGAGCUUUGAUCUUAAUGCUUCUUUUUCCUCUGCCACUUUGCUGAGUGAUCCUGCAGACAGCAUCCCCUGGGGCUAAUGGCCUGGCUUUGAAGGAUGGGUUGGUUGUGUUUCACACCUUGCCUCUGAACCUCCAUGUUGGAGGAGUGGCAAUUCAGCUUUGUGGAUAUAACUAAGCACAACUAAAGGAAAAUUGAUUUGAGCUCUAACCCCUAUUCCUCUCCUUCCCCUCUUCCCCUUUCUGUUCUGUCAUCUUAGUGCAAGUGUUGGGAAUUAGAAGACUGCCAAAUAUGUUGUUGUUCUUGUUGUUAAUUACAUUUGUAUACUGCCCUGUACCUGUAGAUCUCAGGGCAGUUCACAAGUUGAAAUAGUUCACUGCAGAGGUAGGGAAUCUGUGCGGGAGGAUUACAGCUCCCAUCAUCCCUGAGCAUGGGUGAUUCUGGCUGGGGCUGAUGAGUCCAGCAACAUCUGGCAGGCCACAAAUCCCCUACCCAUAGUAUAGUGUCAUGUGUUCAGCUGGAGGCAAAAAUGGCAGAGAGCAGCAGGUCUGAGAAGGGGUUCAUGUUUACUCAAUCUGAUUUGUUUUAUGUAUAAAUGUUUCGCUUUCAGUACAUGGCCUACCUGUGCUCAGGAAAAAAAUACAAGGUUUUGUUGCAAGCCUAUGUAAUAAUUCUAGGAGGCCAAUUCCAAUUGAUAUGAUUAGUCCCCUGGAAUAGGAUUCCUCAAAGUGGGGCUAUGGAUGCCAUAUUAGUGAUGGUGGGAAGCACAGUGGAUGAGAACAGGUUGUGUUGGAUAGGCUUUAGUCACUGCACAGCAGGGUAGGGUGGAGGAAUUUGGGAACAUUUAGCUGCUUUUGUUCAUUCUUCUACAGUUAGACACAUUUCUCAGAGGCAGGCAAACUUUCCUUCUCUCAAACAGUUAAGCACCACAACCAAAUUUGAAAAGGGAAUCUCAAAAAGUGACUUGGAAAGCUAAUGUGGUCACAAGGAAUCAAUUUGUGCACGUUCUGCUGGCUUUUGCAAUUGCAGCCUGGUAAUAUGAGACAGUGUGUACGUGUGUUAAUGCUUUGUUCUGCCAUUCUGCUGUGAUAGCAGGAUUGUUGCAAGGGAGGGUCAUGCAGACGCAGAAGUGCCUUCAUUGGGUGGGCUUGACCUCAACAAUGAGGAAAGCAGCGAUAGCCAAUGAUGCUGGCAGCAGUCUCGUUUUGGAACUCAUGGCUUCAGGAAAUUGAAUCCUUUUGGGAAUUUUCUCAUGGAAAACAUUUGAAGUGUGUUCUGGCUUUCAGUGCUGGAAAGAUAUUAGAACUGCCUGUCAUGUGGCAAGACCACUUCUCAGCUGCCUUCUUUCGGGCAAAGAUGUCAGGAAGGGCACUCUGUUUUUGAGACCCCGCACAGCUGCAGGUGGGUUGGUUGUUGUUGUUUUAAUGCAUUGCUGAUUCAUCUCCAGAUUUGUGUCAUCAUUGUUGAUGGAGGGCAUCACCCAUUACUCAUUACUGCUGCUCAAAAACCAGCAAUGUGAGGCAAACCUCAAAAAGUGUUGGGAAGCUUGUUUGUUGAAGCAUUUGAGAAUGAAUUUGUUGUGCUGAACUUGAUACAUUUUGAGUAUGAUAUAACUCAGAAUUGAAGACUAUGGACAUUUAAACUCUCCUGCACAUGAUAUGUCAUUAACUUGAGAGAGACUUUGCUUCCCUUCCUCAUGAAGACUCUGCAGGACUGCAUUCCAAUUAAAGAAAUUUUAGUUGAUUUAAUUAUAUGAGUUGAUUCGUUGAUUGAUCUAUAGACCAAGGAUGGAGAACCAGAUAGUGUUGGGUUACAGCUCCUUUCAUCUGUCACUAUUGGCCAUGCUGAAUGGGAUUGAUGGGCCUUGGAGUUGAAGGGCCACUGGUUCCCCACCCCUGCUAUAGAUUAAAUUUGCAUAUGGUUAAAAAUAACAUGUUUGAAAUUAGAAACAUAACUUCCUUUGGGCUAUAUCCAAUGAAGUUGUACCUUUAGCUUAAGAAUUUCCACCUGUGCCAUGGUAUUUUGUAUUCCUACCCCAGUUUGCUCCAAAGGGUGGGGUAUCUUUAGAACAGAUGAGGCGGGGAGGUGAGGAGAGGAGAUUUGCCUGCACAAAGGAGAAGUCAUUAUGAUAAUGGAAUAACUUUGUUGGCUAGAUCCCCACUUUUAAAGUAGUGCAUAGAUGUGCCUUGGGAGAGGCAUUCUCUCUCAUGUGAGGGAUAAGGGGGGUGCCUCAUUUAAGAUGUAACAUGUGUGAUGGGUAUAUUAGUAUUUAAACAUCUGUAGAUGGUUUAAGCUGGGGGCUCCUUUUUAGCCAAAUAAAUGCUUCAUAAGUGAUUAAUUAGAUGACCUGAUUGGCUCUACUGCUGCUGCAAGGAACACCCAACUGCUGCAGCAAAGGAAGGUGACAAAACCAACCCUCAUUUGGCAUCAUUUUCCCCCCUGCCUUUAGGACAGGAAGGCCUAACUUUUCAUACCAAGUGGGCUGCAAAAGUGCUUGGACAUUGAACCCACAGGCCACACACUGCCUUGUCACAUGGGGCAGGGGAUUGAGGCCAAAAGUUCAUGCCUCCCCCUGCCCUCACACUGCCAUGCUAGGUAAGUGAGGCCCUGGGCUUUGGGAAGGAUGCUCUGGCAGUGUCCCAGAGCCCUCUCACCUCCUUCCCAAAGCUGAGAAAGCACUGACUAGGCUUUGGGAAGGAGGAGGGAGGACUCUGACCCUGUCAGAGCCCUCACAGCUCCUUCCCCAAAGCCAGCACCUCACUUACCUGGCUAUCGGAAGGAAGUGUGAAGGUUUGGAGGAAGCAUCAAGUGUUGCUGAGGGCCACCCAAAUAGGCCUCGAGGGCCGCAUGUGGCCCUUGGGCCAUGUGUUGGACCACCCUGUUUUAGGAGAACAUCAGUUGCCAGCCAUGGGGGACAGGGACAAAACCAGCUGUCCAGUUUUCCAACAUCAAUAAUUUCCCAUAUGUUGAUUUUAAAUGUUUGUUAUUUUUUGUUAUUAUUUUAUUUACUUCAUUUAUAAAUUGCUUCCAAUGAGGCAAUCUGAAGCAAUUUACACUACAAUAAAAACAUAAACAGAACAACUGCAUAUACAGAAAUAGCUAAAACAAUACACACACACACACGAACGAGUCAUACAUCGGGUUACAGAUGCUUCAGGUUGUGCAUUUUCGGGUUGCGUAUCGCACUAAACCUGGAAGUACCGGAAUGGGUUACUUCCGGGUUUCGGUGCUCACGCAUGCACAGAAGCACUAAAUUGCACUUUGCACAUGCACAGAAGUGCUGAAUCGUGACCCGUGCAUGGACAGGCACGGUGUUGCGGGUUGCGAACGUGCCUCCUGCAUGGAUCAUGUUCGCAACCCGAGCGUCCACUGUAUAUAUAUAUAGAUAGAUCAGAAAGCAAAGUCCCCACCGGAACACCUAUAUUCAAAACAGUGAUGUUCUCUGCAGGUGCUGCUUUAUGAAAUAAAAGACAUAGAAUCAUGCCAGAUAGGGCUGUAAUUUUCUUAAUUAAGGGAGAAUACUGUCAUAACCUAGAUGACUGGCUGUUGUAAUUUCUCCAUGGUAUUUCAGGAAGCCUAAGUAUUUAAGAGCACAACUUCAGAAAAACCUAUCUAUGCCACAAAACAUUGUAAAUCAAAAAGCUCAAUUUCGUGGAAUCAAAGCUGAACAGGAAGCACUAGGUUCUGUGUGUCUGAAUAGAACCUGAACAUUGUAGUCAGUGUCUGUCUGUCUGUCUGUCUGUCUGUCUGUCUCUUUCUCUCUCUCUCUCUCUCUCUCUCUCUCUCUCUCGGGCAACAGCCCACCUUCAUAAAAUAAUGAAUUUACAGCAUUUCUUGAUAUGUAUCAGAUUAAUCUGGAUUACUUUGUCUCCAGUGGCUGAAGAAACCUGUUCUGAACCAGCAAAACUGGCCACAAGUUUCUCAUCUGCAGCCUUCAGCGAGAAGGUCUGAAUCUGAUUCUCUCAUUGGUGCACUUACACUGGUCUUCAAGCUGGAUGAGCCGUUGAGAAACAUAAGCAGCCAAUCAGUCAGUUGGUCCUUCUGGCUCAUAUAGUCUGUCUGGCAAUGGUGCUUCACAAAGGAAUCUUUCACAACCCUAUCUGGAUGUGUCUGGGAUUGAACCUGGCCCCGUAAACUUUUGCGUGUUAAGAUUGUGCCCUACCUCUGCGCUACACCCCUUUUAAAAUUGCAACGCCAUUAUAAUAGAAGGAACUUUAUUAUUACAGCUGGGGUUUUCCCACAUGGAAACUAGCAUAGGAAAUAUAUGACGGGGUAGGGGGAAUCCCUGCAUUAUUUAGUAAAGAGACAGAACGCUGAUAUAGCUGUAUCAGCUCUUCUCCUUGGAUUCUGAUGUAUCUGUUAUAUUAGCAACUCUGGUUCAGCCUCACCUCAAUCUGGGAGGGUCUUGCCAGUUGUUAGAAUAAAAAGUUGUAGGUCAAAUGUAUGGGGUGGGGAACCUGUGACCUUCCAUGUGUUGUUGGACUCCAGCAUCUAUCAGCCCCAGCCUGCAUGGUGAAUGGUCAGGAAUGAGGGGAGCUGUAGGCCAGCAAUAUCUGUAAUCUAGUCUUCAGACUCAGAAGGUUGCAGAGUUUUGAGUGGCUCCAAAAAACAUUUGUAAGGUCACUGCUGCCUAGGGUGUCCUAUCGAAGGAAAUAUCUGUGAGCUGCAUCGCUCAGAAAGUAUUUGGGAGAGACUGCAUUAAAUUCUUUUGGAGCGGUUGUCUGCCAGUGUGUCUGACUGCAUGUUAUAACAGCAACGCUCCUUUAAAAUCAAAGACUGGGUCAGCUGCUCUCUGCUAAGCACAUUACCAGAAGAGAAAAGUAGACAAAAGUCACUUGCCUUGAUGGCAACCACAACUACUUAGUCUGCAAGCCUGUGCAAGUCCAGACAUUAGAGUUCUAUUCUUCGCAUUGGGUGUGGUUUAAUAGAUGCCCAUGCAGGGCUGUGCCUCAAGCAAGAAGAAUAGCCAGCUAUUUUAGUUAGUUAAUUCUCAGAGAUAGAUGGGAAUGUGAGGGGAAUGUGAAGUAUUUGGGAACCUUAUCGGUUUCCAAGAGUAAUACACUAAAUAUGAGUUGAGAAGCCUGCUUUGAGAAAGAAGUUUUUCCUAAAGUUGUGAACAGCCAGGCAGUCAAGGACAUGUCAUAGUCUGGAAAAUGUCCUUGAACAGAGGACAGCUGAAGAAUAGAGGCAAGGAGGUGCCAGAGGUUCCUCAUCCCUCCUGUAGAUUUUGGGUGCAACAAACAGCCUGUUCUUUUUUCUCUUUUUAAGCUGCUAGAGUCAGGGGCGAUGGGGUUGAACAUGUAUCGUGUGCCCAGGUUUCCGACAGCAAUUACUGUAGGCUAGUUCCAUCUUGGAAAUGAUUGGUGCCUGCUGUUUUAAGUGAGCUGCUUAUGCCAGGAGCAAUCCUGGAAGUUCUCCCCCACCACUGCCAGAGAAAAAGGGUGGAAGACUUAUGUGCAAGAAGGAGUUGGGUAGAGAAGGGGAGCACCAGUUGGGGGCCAGUGGUGGCUUGCUUUUGCCUUGAGUAGCUGAGACUGGCUCUAUAUCUAGGGUGCCAGGGUUUAGCCCAGUGCCAGAGCUGGGUUUAGGAAAGUGUGUGAAGUAAUGCUAAGUAGUGGCUGUGAGCAGUUUCCCUUCACUAGUGAGUAAGCACAGCCCAUCCACCCCACUCUCCACCCACCUACAUAUGCACCAAUCUUCAUGUAUCUUUCCUUUCAAAAGACGAGUCAAGGACGCUGGCUGCCUGCAGUUGGAGGAAUGGGAGGAACUUGCUUAUUAAACCUAAACUCCCCCUCAUUCUGCACAUUUGCUGCCAAGGAGCUGGGCUUCCACCACAGAUGGUUGGGUCUUCAGCCAGUACAAAGCUCUGGCAGCUCUCUUUUUAGAAGUUGGCCACACUGUCAACAUAAACCGUGAGCAUCUUGGUAGAACAGCCUUCAACAAUCUAGUACCUUCCGGAUAUUAUUGGAUUACAACACCCAGCAAGCAGCCCCAGGAAGCAUGGUUGGUGGUCAGGGAUGAUGGCCAACAGGUUACCCAUCCCCACUGCAUUGAUUCCUUGCUGAAUUGAUUCCUUGCUGUUAUUCUCCAGGCAGCUAUGCAAGAGGAGGAAGAGGGAGUACUGGGUGAGGAAAUGAUAGAGGGAGGCGAGAGACAAGAUGGAGAACUAGCAUUUGAUUUGCUGGUGUGCCCAUCUGACAGUUCAGCUGUGAUGAUGGGCUUGCUGUGCUAUGCAUCUUCUUUUUGAAUUAACAUCUGCUUUUGCCUUAUUGGAGAACUCUUUGAGGACUCUCAUAAAAGCAACAGAUCCCAGGAUGUAUUAAUAAUAAUAAUAAUAAUAAUAAUAAUAAUAAUAAUAAUUUAUUAUUUGUACCCCGCCCAUCUGGCUGGGUUUCCCCAGCCACUCUGGGCGGCUUCCAUAGAAACCAAAAAUACACUAAAAUAUCACACGUUAAAAACUUCCCUGAACAGGGCUGCCUUAAGAUGUCUUCUGAAUGUCAGGUAGUUGUUUAUCGCUUUGACAUCUGAUGGGAGGGCGUUCCACAGGGCGGGCGCCACUACCGAGAAGGCCCUCUGCCUGGUUCCCUGUAGCUUUACUUCUCGCAGUGAGGGAACCGCCAGAAGGCCCUUGGCGCUGGACCUCAGUGUCCGGGCAGAACGAUGGGGGUGGAGACACUCCUUCAGGUAUACUGGGCCGAGGCCGUUUAGGGCUUUAAAGGUCAACACCAGCACUUUGAAUUGUGCUCGGAAAUGUACUGGGAGCCAACGUAGGUCUUUCAAGACCGGUGUUAUGUGGUCUCGGCGGCCGCCCCCAGUCACCAGUCUAGCUGCCGCAUUCUGGAUUAGUUGCAAAUAUAGUAGUGUUAUAUUAAGAAAAUAUAGUGGUGUUAAACCGAUAUAGUUAAUUGGGAUGGGGAAAAACAGUCGUAGCUGGCUUGUGUGUAUUCUCAGUAGAAUUACUGUAUGUGUAUGAAUGUUGCUGCUGCUUUGUCUUUGACAACAUUAUUGAACAAGGAAGACCCUCAGUUUUCUUGGUGAAACUGAAGUAACAUAUUUUGGUGGCAAGUAGGAGAGGAUCAAGGUCUAAAUAUAUUUCAGUGAGAAGAAAGGCUCCCCUUUCUUGCCGAGUUCUUUGAGAGUGUGGUGCAGGCCACUUGCACUGGAUCAAGCCCCAUGCAAAGCUAAGCUCUGAAACUGUAAGGCUCAUAUGGAACACAGAUGUGGCAGCUCUUGUUUUUGCACAAGAUCUAUGAGGCUAUAUCACAUUAUUUUUUAAAAAAUUGAUGUCCUGAGUUGUUACCUGUGUGAUGUGCUGCAACCUGUAGGAGCUGAACCUGCUUUACAUGGUAUUACUACUUGACUCAGCUUCUCACGCUCAGCUCCAAUCAGAAGAUAAGUUAACAAAGAUCCACACUGGUGUUUAAGCCAUAGUAAUUACCACCACUCAACUGCAUUUAUAUCACUGUAGGUAUGCAGGGAGAGCUAAUUAUUACACAUGAAGAGCACUGUCCCUGUAAUGUAGCAUAUGUUUUCCUUUAUUUCACAUUGCUUUUCAACCUUUGAUGAUGAUACUGAUAAAAAUACUUAAUAUUUACUUUAGGACAAGGGUGGGGAACGUGUGGCUCUGCAGAUAUUGUUGGACUCCCAACUGCUUAAGCCAGCAUGGCUGAUGAUCAAGAAUGAUGUGAGCGGUAGUCCAACAACACCUGGAAGAGCACAGCCCCCCCCAGCCUCCCCUGCUUUCAAGUGCUUGAGCUGUUUGAUGUACAUUAGCUUAGUAAUAAUAAUAAUAAUAAUAAUUUAUUAUUUGUACCCCGCCCAUCUGGCUGGGUUUCCCCAGCCACUCUGGGCGGCUUCCACAGAAACCAAAAAUACACUAAAAUAUCACACAUUAAAAAUCCUUACAAGAGCAUUAUAAAGUAGGCCAGUGUAAUUAUUCCCAUUUUGCAGAUGUGGGUGGAUGGAGCUGAGACUCAGACUACGUAUUAUCUUGACAAAUACAUAUUUCCAAGGUCAUGUUUGCUGAGGUAAUGUGGGGGUAGAGAUACCAUUUGCAUGGGGUGUUUCGGUAGGAGAGAGUGCUGCUUCCCUGAUUAAGUCUUACAGGAUUCCCCGCCCCCUUAAUCAGGCUUGUUUCUGGUUUUGGACCCUGGGCAACUGCCUAAUGGGGACCGAUGAAUUAUUAUCAGGGAUUAUCUAUAGUGGGAGGUCUGACUAACAGCAGGUUCAAAUGCUUACGGAACCUUCUUUGACUCCGCUGAAGAUGUCAGCAUGGCAGAAUCACCUCCAUGAUAGUAAUAGUUGGAAAUUGCUGUAGGAUGCCUUUGCUGAAUUGGUAUGCUUGCUUCCAUCUUUUAGAGGCUGCUUCCCUUCAGAGAAGGACAGUUGGGAGGGGAGGCAACAGAAUAGGAUGGGGUGAGAGAGCAGAACUUACGUGUUCAGCAAAACAACAACGUAUGAUAAAAUUCUUUCUCUACUGUAAGCACUUCAAGCUCAAGCAGCAUGCCUGAAUGCUCCCACAUGUAAAAACAAAAAUCUCUUCUACACAGAAAGAUAUAUCAUCAUAUUUCCUGAUGCCAAACUGCGUGAAUUACCCCUCUUUUUAAAAGUGGAUGAGUAUUUUUUUGCAUGAGGAAACCAUAACACAUUGAUAGGACACCCAUUCCCCCAGUAUGAAAUGGUACAGGCUCUGAAAGAUCACCUGGUUUUGCUGAGUGUAUAGAUUAACCAGUCUUCAUUUUGUGCCACGUUUCUAGGCACAGGUGUGGGCUUUAAAGCUCUGUGUCUGAGUGUGUGGUGGUUUUUUGUGUGCAGGCGCUUUCUCUAGGGAAAACCCAUGCCUUACCGCUGAAUCAGAACAAAUGGCAAUCUUGUUUUCUCGCUAUUUGGGUUCCUUUAUUCAUAGUCUCUCUCCCACCGCCACCCCAGCUUGCCAGACCCCCUUGCUUCUCUUGGGCUCCAUGACCUCCAGAGAUGUCAGCAGCUGUUCCUUUGGGGUGGGGUGGGGGGGAGAAUUAUCACUCAGUGCCAGCCUGUUACUUUGGGGAGUGGCCACAUUGUUGCUGCUGCUAAUCAAGGCCACACAAGGGUGUGUGGAAGAGGCCGACUCCCAGAUGCUCAGGAUGCUUUGAGGCAGGCCUAUUUAUAGUAAUUUUCUGCGUAGGACUGGAAAGGAACCUCCUGAAACCCUGGAAGGAAGCUGCUUUGCAAAACAGCACAGCCUGAUGGAGGAGGGGAAGGGCUUUCUUUGCCUGUCAGGGUGGGUCUUGCAAAAUGGUGGGCAUUUCCAUCUGGGUCAAAGCACUGGGCAGCAAUGUGGGCAGCAGUAUGGGUAGGUGUGGGAUGCUUGUUGAAAAGUAAAACUAAAAUUCAGUGCAAGGAGUUCUCCACAGACUGGAUAGCUCCCACUGUCUCUGAUGCCCUUGUCCUAAUCAGGACUAAAUUAACCAUGGCUCAUCCUAAGGAAAAUGCUGAGGGUCUUUGCCAUUUUAGAACCCCCAUCGUCAGCUCUCAUCUGUACAAGUUUCUAGAGCUCCCGGUUAAAGAGGGAAGCCUGGAAACGUGAUCUGUGACUCCUGAAGUCUCUGAAAGCAGGAACCUUUCUGCACCUGAGGCUUUGCUCAGUUCCCCCUCCAGGUCUCUCUUGAGUGUUGGUAACAACCUGGUAGCUCUGUGAGCAGAGAAAGGGCUGCUGGCUUGAAGACCUCUGCUGCUGGUUUAUGCCACUUCUGGUGGGUGGUGCAGUUGUUGUUGUUUGUUUAUUUGCUGGUGUCAGAGAACACUUGCCCUGGUCUUGUCCUAUGGAGAUGGGAAAAUAUUAUGGGUGUUUUGUUCCUGCAGUGUUGUGCAACUGCCCUGGAGAGUGCAACCACAAAGAUAUAUAUUAGUACCGGUAAGUAUGCUGUAGCAAACCCCAGAACACCUGGUGCUCUUUCUUCAGUUUCUUUACCUUAAGGGCUUACAAGAGCAUCUUGGGCAGCCUUCAGAGGAUCUUUACUGGGAUCUGAAGCAAUACUGGGCCUGGGAGGAUUCUUUCACCCACCUGUGCAAAUGAUGGGAAAACACAGCAAUCGCCCUGUCAUCACCAUGCAGGGUGUGGGGCAGACAGAAGCCUGUGAACCAGCUCUGUUGGGUCCAAGACUCACCUCUGCCACCUCCGCCUGCAGUGGCAGUGGGUGGGUUGCAUCACUGUCUCGACCUGUUUUCCUGUUUGUGAAAUACAGACAGCAUCAGCCUCCAGCUGUGCCUUGGGACUCGGGAGGCCUUGUUCAUCUUUUCAGCAAGUGUGCUGAGUGUUGCUGAGCAAAAGAAGACUGUGGUUGUGGUGGGACUUCAUACUGAGGAAAACCCUGUCCAGUCCAAGCAAGCAUAAGCACUUGUGCAAACUCUGGGGCUGCAGCUCGUUCUGUUGUAACUUAGUCGCCUUUCAACCAUGGUGGUUCAGAUCCCCAAAAUCUGAUGGUGGCAGAGUUGCUGCUUUCCCACUGCUUUCCUCCCACCCCCCUCCUGUUGAGGAUCAGUGGUAGACAGAGCUGGAGUGAGCAUGGGUGGGGCAGAGCCAAAAAGGAGUGAGUGGGGCCACCCCUUCUCUCUCUUUCUGAAACCCCCUUCUCUCUGUGUGUCUCUUUCCUUCUAUCUCCUGCCUUCCCCACCUCGCAGGCUGCCAAGAGAGGAACAGAUCACUCUUGCCAGUGGUAUGAAUUGAUUCCUUGCAGAGAAUUCCGCCCCCCUCCCCAGUGGCGUAGCGUGGGUUGUCAGCACCCGGGGCAAGGCAAGUAAUUUGCACUCCCUAACCCGUGGAUUUGCGCCCCCUAACCCGUGGAUUUGCGCCCCCUAACCCUAACCCCCAGAUGCUGCGCCCGGUGCGGCCGGCCCCCCCUGCACCCCCCACGCUACGCCACUGCCCCCCAUCUCCUUUCAGCUUCUCUCUUCCAUAUCCCACUUCUUGCCUACCCUCCCUCUGGGCUCCCCCCUAUUGCCCCCCCCAAAUUAGACCAUGGGCUGCAGUCCCGUCCCCCCCAUGCAAUUCCCUGGCUAUAUUCUGCCUCCAUUGUUGGAGGCAGUGUGCCCUUGAAUGCUAGUUGCUGAGAAUUACAAGUGGGAAAGUGGUGUUGUACUCAGGUGCUGCUUACAGACUUCCCAUAGGCAUCUGCUCGGCCAAUGUGAGAACAGGAUACUGGACUAGACAGGCCACUGGUCUUUUCAGCAGGCUCUCUUUAUGUUGCCCUCAGUUCUGCAGCCACCCAAUAAUAUGCAGUGAACUAGCCAGAAGCUUCAUUUUUUCCCCCUUUGCCCUCUCCCUUUUCACAUUCUAUUCUCUUUACUUCCUGGAUUGAAAGAAGAAAGGCUUUUGCAUAAAUACCUUCACAGUAAGAGCACCCGAUAGGUUGUAACAGCAAAAGGAACAUAGAAGCAUUCUGUAAAAUGAGAAUAAUAAUGACGUUUCAAAAUGCUAAGUGCUGUAUUCAUUAAAAGGGUUGAAUAUAUAGUUAAUAGUUACGAAAGGUGGCUGGGUGCAGAGUUUCACCUGGCUGCUUAAUUUCUAGAUCUGAGGGAAGCUGAAAUGGGUGAGGUAUUCAAAACCAAUACCUGACACAGCUUGGGAAUGUUAGACUUCCGUUUAUUGCUCAUGCUCAGGAAGUUAUUACCUUAUGUGCAGAGGCGCACAUUUGGUUUGGUUAUUUAGGUAUAUGCUUAAGCUUUUAAGGUAUACCUAAAAAUAUAUAAUGUGUGAACAAGGCAAACAUGUGGAUUGUACACUUGUCAGAGAGCUGGGGCAGGCUGGAAUUCCAGGUCAGGUGUACAUUCAAUUGGAAAUCUGGGUUUCCUGCAAGAAAGACCAUUGGAGUAAUUUAAACAAACCAACAAACCAAGAGUGUCUUGUGACACCUGAAGGAUGGACUGGUUGAUGGUGUCCAAAGCAUACGUUUUGCACCCCUUCUGAUGGAUGUCCCGUUUCUCUCUUUUUCUUCAGGGUGCCAUCAGAAUAUGUUUCCCCUUUCAGCACAGUUGUUGGAUUACUUUCCGAACUGGAUUUGACUGGAAACCCUCAGCAUCUUGACUCUGGAAUUACAAAUCUCACUCACUGCAACUGGGAGGCAACGUGCUGUGAUGUGAACUUACAUUGCCUGCCAUGCACCCCACGGGCAGCACAGAUCCUGGCUUUUCCCGCACUGCUGUGCAAACCCUGUCUCGUAGCCACUGCCGGAACAUAAAACAAAAGAUUUCUCAGUGGGAGGGUCGGACUCAAGGGGGUUGCCAGGAGGAAAGACAGAAGCCCCAGGACUUUGGGGUCAAGUAUGGUCAAGAGAGCAGGAGACAGACGGUGGGACUUGGGCACAGCAGGCAUUCAGAAGGACUAGCAAACAUUCAGAGCCUUGGCUUAGAUUUCCGGGAAAACUCUCGCCUCUGCUGUGUGACUGAGGAGGAAGAGGAGAGGCUCCAAGAGGCUCCAGAGAGCCCCUUGGUUGAGCAGCUCCCCAAUGGUGUUAUAUCUGAAGGAGAGGAUGAGGCGGACUGGCAGGGGGAGAGGCUCCCUCCAGGGAACUUCUACACCUCACGGGAGCUGUGGAAACAGAUAGAAGCCCUUCCUCCCGACCAAGUCCUCGCUCUGGCUUUGGACCUGAAAAGGAAGCGGGAAAGCUGUGGCUCAACAGAGAAGGAGCUGAACCUGGCUCCAACAAAGAGCUUGGAGAACAUCUACUGUGACGUUGAAGGCCAGGAGGGGCGGCCAGCUAUCAAUCCGGUACCCAAACCACGAAGGACUUUCCGAUACCUGUCUGAGAAGGACCACACAGAUUGCCCUAAUGGAGGCUAUGCCGAGAGGAAGGCGCCAGAACGUCAGUCUAAUGGUGGCUGUCCUGCCUCAACCUCCCAUGACACUGGGCAGAGAGUGGUCAGCAGAGGAAUCCGAAGCAGAUCCAAGAGGUGGGUGCCAGGUUGAUCUCUCUGGUUCCUCUUAUGAAAGUAGGUAAAGGUAAAGGACCCCUGGAUGGUUAAGUCCAGUCGAAGACGACUAUGGGGUUCAUCUCGCUUUCAGGCUGAGGGAGCUGGCGUUUGUCCACAGACAGCCUUCCGGGUCAUGUGGCCAGCAUGACUAAACUGCUUCUGGUGCAACGUAACACACGGAAAUGCCGUUUACCUUCCUGCCAGAGUGGUACCUAUUUAUCUACUUGCACUGGCGUGCUUUUGAACUGCUAGGUUCGUGGAAGCUGGGACAGAGCAACAGGAGCUCACCCUGUCGUGCGGAUUCAAACCGUCAACCUUCCAAUUAGCAAGCCCAUGAAACCCAGUGGUUUGGACCACAGCACCACCCGCUCCGUGGUGGAUAUUGCUCAUUGUAGCAAGUCCUGUUCCUAAUCAUUGCGGUUUCCCCCAUCUUAGGGAACAGCUAAGCAUACUCUUCUCUCAGUUCCCCCCAUUCAUUCUUCCAUCAUCAGGAAAUCAGAAAGGUUCUCCCCCACCUUUCAAUUUUUCUGUUUUCAAUUGUAACAGAAAAAAUGGGGGGGGGGGGGAUAGAUUAAAGAACAAAAACAAAUUUCCAGCUGACUUUCCACAGUAAGAGUAUUUCAGCAUUCCUGUUUUAGUAUACAUUAAUAUAAUCAGUCUAAAUAGUUGUCUAGAUGAAAUUGACUAUUACAAUCCAUAUGUUCAAAUGUAGAUGUAUGUUGGACUACAACUCCCAUCAUGCCUGCCCACUGGCCAUGCUGGCUGGGGCUGAUGGGAGUCCAGCAACUCCUGGGGCAGGAACAGGUUUCCCCAUCACUGCCUUAAGGCAUGAAAAACAAUUUCUGAGAGAAAUUAUGUUAAAAAUGAUCUCACCCCUUUCUAUUGUCUUUAUACGUUCUGAAUGGAGAAGAACUGAAGACGGAGCUUUUCUGAAAACUUGCAUAAUACUACUUUUUCUAAAAGAGCAGUUUUAUGCUGAAAAUUCUCCAAAAGGAAAACAAACAUUUCAGUCAGCUCUAGACAGGGGCAGCAGCCCUUUAACAAAACAUAGGAGAUGGGCAUGUUAUUGCUUGUGAGGCUUGUGUGAUGAUAAGGCAACUCUAUGCUUUGUUUGCAGAAAGUCCUUUGAAUUUGAGGACAUCCAAGGUUACCGAAACCGGAUAGCAGCCAUGGAGUACCAAAAGCUCCAUGAAGAAUUGAAUGGCACCACAAGUGUCCGCCUCUAUUGCACGCAAUCGGAGGACAACCUCUAUGAGGACAUUAUUGGUAUGUUGCAAAGUUCACUUGGAGGAAAUGAAUUGUACUACCUUGAAGCUGACCUGUUGAACAUGUUUAUAGAUGCCUGUUUGUAGAGCGAUAUCAAAAACCACUUCUCUGCUGCAAAACAGCAAAUUGAAGAAAAGCGGGUGUGGGGAUUUGCAGAGCAUGCUGCUGCUUUGUGCUUUCUUCCUCCCCAUUUCCUUUCUAUUAGUUCACAAGUAGGCAUCCUAUGGGCCCUAAUGCCACUUUAUGCAGCCCCCAAACCUCCUCAAGCUGCCCCAUUCUUCCAUCGUAUCAGAGUUCCUUCAGUCCUGUUCAUUUCCUCCUUAUUUUUCCUGUUUUCUUUUUAAGUGUCUCUUCUCCCCCACCCCAUUUCUGUGUAGUUUCAGAACAAUUUGAAGGGCCACAUUUUAUUUGAUAGAAAUAAUUGAUGUAUUCUCAGGAGCCUUUUCCUGGUUGUACAGCUUUGGGGAAAGGAUGUUUUCCUCUCAGCUCUCUGAGAACAAAUUGAUAGAUUUCUGAUGUUUUGGUUUGUGUGUUUGUGUGUGUGUGUGUGUGUGUGUGUGUGUGUGUGUGUGUAGCAUACCAAAGCCAGAGAGUAAUCAUUUUCAAAACAGUAGCUGCAUUGGUCUGUUGUAUCAAGAAAAUCCUGUGCAUGACCUUUGACAUCUUAAUGACAGGUGGGUUGUCCCUCCCACCUGCCAAGUUUUGCCUGUGUGGUUGGGCUUCAGCUUCACAGCAGGACUGAACCCGCCCCCCCAUCAACCAGUAGGUGGUGAGCUGAAACCUGCUAUCUGCAGCCACUGGCUCUGUGCAUGAGUUCCCUGUGGUGAACUUGCUUGCGUAGCAGAACAAGGUAGAAUUCACCCCUCUGCCAUCAGCUGAUUGACAGGUGGCUGUGGUUCUGGAAAAUGGUCCUUGUGGGCUGAAUUGGAACCCCUGGUGGGCCAGGACUGGCUUUUGGGUCAGAGGUUCUGUUUCUCUGCUGUAGACAUGGUCCCAGUUUGUGCCUUUUGUUGUUGCAAGCAUGUUGGUAUUCUGCCUCUCUCCUUCAUGAUACUCCUUUUUCCUAGAUCCUGCUAAGGAGAACCUGUAUGAAGACAUCAAAGUGAAGCCUCUAUGGAGGAUCCCCUCUGCUUGGAAGCUGCCUCCUGCCCGGAGCACCAUCAAGCCUCCCAAGGUGAAGGCCCAUUUCUCAAUGUCUGUUCUCUGCAUCCCCACCUAAGGCUGGAUUUUGUCCCUGCAUUUCACAGGAAUUCAGUUGACUAAGAUGGAAUAAGUUCAGACAUGCACAGACUCAAUGGCGUUCAGCUAAGAGUUUGGAUUUGAUAUCCCGCUUUAUCACUCCCCUUAAGGAGUCUCAAAGCGGCUAACAUUCUCCUUUCCCUUCCUCCCCCACAACAAACACUCUGUGAGGUGAGUGGGGCUGAGAGACUUCAGAGAAGUGUCACUGGCCCAAGGUCACCCAGCAGCUGAAUGUGGAGGAGCAGAGACGCGAACCCGGUUCACCAGAUUACGAGACUACUGCUCUUAACCACUACACCAAACUGGCUCUCUAAGUGUUUGAACUGCUUCCAUUGAAAUGUUUUGUGUGUUUGGGGUGAUUGCAAACCUGUGACACUGUGGCUUUCACCACUGUUGACAGUUAUCGACUGAAGAUUGCACAUGUGUGUGAAUUCACCAUUAGAGAGUAAAAUGCUGCUUCGCUAUGCUGUGUUAGCAUUAGCUUGAUCUCUCCUUGUCCGAAGACAAUACUGUGCACUCCCCAUGCGGUGAACAAAAGAGGAAGGGGAAAAUUUGUGCAUGCAUGCUGAAGCGCAUUCACGAUCUGUGGGUUAGGAGCAUACCUCCACACACAUGCGCUAGGGUACUCUUUUGUGGAGGGGAGCUUGUGCUGCCUGGGGAUUAAACCAUAUGCCCAGUAUCUACAGCACCACACGGGUCUUUGUAGCAGUGCAGGGGAGGCACUUUGUUGCCUAAACAUGUGCACCUGUGUAUGCUUCCCUUUUCAGACCUCCUACUCACUGUGCUUUUACCACCUAUAAAAUAGGGAAGUGCAUUUGUUCAAGACUGAAAGCUGACGCUUCCUCUCCAUCUCUCCCACUUGUGAAGGAAUGAGCCUGAGGCGCAUUCACAAUGCUAGCCUUUCCCAUCCUGUGGCCCUCCAGCCCUGAAGUGUUGGUCUUGCUGGCUGGGGCUGAUUGGAGUUCCAACAACUUUUGAGGAGCCAAGAAAAGGUGUUGGCAGGCACUUAAAGCCUGUGUCCAUGGUUCCCAUUAUAACUGACUUGAAAUGACACCCACCCCCUGCUUCUCCAGUGACAAAUCAGGGAGAUUGUGUUAGCUGCUAUUUUGCCCCCAAAUGAUUUUAGGGGAAGAGGACAGUCACCAAGCUAAACACCUGCUAAAUGCACAGGUGUGUAAAUCGGGAGAAUUGGACGGGCGGUGGAAGAGGAGGCAGGCCUAAUUAGAUUUCCCCACUGCUCAACUAAGGGGACUUUUCGGCCUGUGCUCUUCUCCAAACCAGGGAUUGUUCCCAUUCCUGUUAGACACUUCUACUUCAUUGUCACUACCAUAAAAAGCAGGCAGCCUGUUUGCAGAAUUCUUGUUCAUUAUUGGUGUCUGCCCACAUUCAGCUUAGUGGGAAUCACUUUCCUAGUGAAACCUUUUCACUCUCAACCAUGUUUUUAUUUUAUUUUGGGGUUUGUGCAGCUACCCCCGAAGCCACACUUCCUUCACCGCAAAACCUUGGAGCUAAAGACCACAAGGAUCUGCCUGCGUGGGAGGCUGCCAAAGGACACAACUCUACCUGUUACGCUGACGGAGUGGAAGUUCUUCAAAGCAGGCGAGGCUGGAAGCAGGAAGAGGAAGAAUCUACCUCGGGUGAGGAAGCACAAUUCAAAACUUUGAGGGGUUCCCCCCAGGGGGAAAGCAGCAAGAGGAGCUAGAGUCUUUUCUUUCUUUCCCUGCUCAUGCACCACACCACUCAGCUCUGGGAAUGGUCCUGAGCACGAGGAGAUCUUCACCCUUCCUCUGCAGCAAUGCUGAGCAGUGAUUUGAACCUAGUUCAAACCUAGGUGCAACAUUCAGCUAGCUAGUCCUCCUUGUGGAAGCCCAUGCCUGAAUUAAUUCCACUCCUUUGUUUAUUUGGAUGCUGCUGUCCUGCUGUGCAUAAUUCAGGCUGAUUAGCAAGUGGGCACAGGCAGUAUGUGGCAACGUGCAGUUAAUACGCAGCUAACCCCCAUUCACUUUGGAAGUUUAAUUCUGAUUUUAAACAAGUGAUCAAUGCUGCUUGUAAAGGCUCAGUAUGAUCCUGAGUUCAUUUUAUUCUGCCUAGACUCAUGUAGCUUAUUCCUCUGGAGUGGCUUACUCCGGAUUUAACAUUUUAACCUCCAAAGUGUUUUGUGGCUUAAAGCUGCUGAGCAGUUUAUUAGGAAUGAGACAGUUCCAUAAAACUUGAAUAUCAUUUUCCUGAUGUGUUUCCUGCCGCUCCCUCCCGUGGGUGAGUGAGUAACAGAGAUGCAUGACUGGUGUAGUCGGCAAACUAAGAUUCGCUUCUGAUGCUGCCUACGCACUGGAGAAAUUGGACUCCUGUCCAGGGGUCUUUUUAUAUCGCCUCGCAUACAUCUGUAUUUUUAAAAAAUCAGUGCACAACACACACCAGUUCUCUUGGUAACCCUACAGUAAGAAAGCAUUGCAAAAAAAGAUGUGAUUCAGAUAUUGUUGUCUAAGCUAGGGACCUGAGCAAUAAAAGCUCCCAAUUCUGGCAUCUACUUUAGGCUAAAGGACUGAGCCAGCCCACGCAGCCUAGUAGAAAUCUCUUUCUUCUGUGGCAGAGGGAAUUGGGGGUAGGAGGAGGGAAGGCUAGCAUAUUCCCCAGGCCAGACUUGUUGCCUUUUCCAAGUGUUACACAUCAGCAUUUCUUGGAGUGUGCAAAGAUGAUUAUAAACGCUGUGCCAAGAGGAAUGAUGAAAUGUCCCACAUGAGUGCCCUUUGUCAGACAAAGACCCCCUAAACAGCCUCCAAACGUAAAGGAGUAAUUUACUGACAGGGAAAAUGCAUGUUGUUCUCUCACUCUGAACUCACAAGAUUGCUGGAGUGAUGCCCAAACACACUGUGGCAAAGAAUCUUGGUCAACCCCACCAGAGAAGCAUGUGCUACGUUCCAGCAUCCUGACGCCAUAUCUGCAGCUCUCAACCACUUUUCCUGGGUUCUUGAAGCUGCUGACAAAUGUAACAGCCCUGUGACUGCCAGAGUUUGUGGCAGCUGGCUUAGAAAGUGUGUGGCAGGGAAAAACGUUUCCAAAUCACAGUGCUUCCGUGGCAAAAAGCUGUGGAAAGUCUCAUGCACACACACACCCCUUUUCCCCUUUGGCAUUUUGCAUGUUUCGUCUCAACAAACACCAGUGUAACCCUGGGAAAACUCUGCAGGAGUGGAAGAGAGGCAGGAGGAAAUGGAUGGAGGAAGUGCAGUGCUUCCUGCAAAAGGGCAGCCGUGCUUUCGGGUUGUGCUGCACGCCAUUGUGCACUGCCCUGGCCCAGGGGCAGCCGAGCAGAUUGCUCCUGCGGUUCCUUCUUCCUCUGCCCGCCUGACCCUGCUUGGGUUUGCUGAGGUCAGGGAAAGGGUUGGGACUGUGAGCGGAUUUACCUGGCGCUUGCCUCUUGCACUUGUGCAUUGCUGGUGGUGAUGGGAACGACUGGUCCCCACCCUGUGGCCUGUGCUUGGAAUGUAGAAUGCAUUCUUCAAGCCGGGCAAGAGGGAACUUGGCCUGCGUGCCGCACCUUUCAGGCAGCAAAGCAGUUCCGCAGGAGAUGAGAGCGCCAGCAGGUUAUGACUUGACAUGCUGAGCCAAAGAGCUUUCUGUCUGCCUGUGGCUUGAGACGCCUGAUACUACACAUGGAGCUGGAUGGGCUUGGCUGCUGCUGCCACCACCACUCAUCUCUUAGUGCAUGGUUUUUUUUAGAACAACAUAAAGUAGGUAACUCAAAAAAGGGGCACCCAGUAGCUAAGUGCCUGCCUGCCUGCCUCCAGAUAUGGAACUAUGUUCCCCUCUCUUUUAUUUGAAGGGUCAGUCCUUCCCUUCAUUUCCAGGACCAAACUGUUCCUCAGUCCUGGCAAGGGAGGUCCCUUGCUGCCAUUUCCUUGAGAAUCUGUGGCCCUCCAGACAUUGUUGGAUCGCGGCCAGCAGUGAUGCAUGAGGGGGCUAGAGCAUCAGUGGUUCCCUCUCAGCAGUAGCGCAUGACCAAUCAGGUUCUAGAAUGGUGAACAUGGUUGUAAUGGAGCAUGAAUAUAGAUUUUUAUGUUCCUGAUCCUCUAAAUAGGCACACCUUUGGAAAGCCAACCCAACCUAUGUUAUGAAUCUUGGGUCUCUGUUCAUGGAAUUGAAUGUGCCUUUGCACAAGACUUAGAUGUAACAAACACUUCAUGCUACAGAGUACUGUGGGAAGUUCUCUAGUGGCUCACAGGUUUCACUUCUCCCUGUGACCUGGUCCCAAGAUCAGGCCCACGUCAGGACUCCUAGUGGCAUGUAUAUGCAGUGUCCAUAUACAUCCCUUGUUAUCCUUUUCAAUUACACGUUUGUAUGUUUCUUCUGGAGGUCAGAUGAUUCAGUUUGCCUUCUAGAUGGAUCAGAUCAUCCUUGACAUGGGUUUGGUAGCUGCCCCCCUCAAAAUUUUCCAACAUGGCUCUGUGAGUGGCCAGCUUUUACAGUCCUUGUCUGGAUACUUGGGAGACAUGUGGCCCCUCUUGAUUUCCACUUUGUUUUUUGGGUUUCAGCUUGUGUUGAAGAUUCAGGAAAUCUUUGACUCCAAACGAGGGAAGAAGAGGGUGAAGUUGGUGGCCCAGACAGGAAAAGAAGUUUCUCCAGCCAGAGGUAUAGAUUUUGAGUUAUGUAAAGUUCUACCAGUCAGAUAUCCAAACAUUGGUGGGGAUAAGCAUGUACUUGCCAACUCUUGAGUAUGUUUAAUAUUUGCUUACUCCUUUUUUAUCCUGCCCUUCCUCUAAUGACCUUAGGCUAAUGUAGAAGGUUCUGUACUAAAAUUGCAGAAGAAUAAAGUAGUCCCUGAUUUUUAAAAAACUGUGCUGCUACGUUUUUCUAUGCGGCUUUUCUUCCCAGCAUGUGCUUAACUGCCUAGAAAAGAGCCAUGUGUUCUUUGUGUGACCUGCAUUUUGCAAAUCAGCAUUGUCAAGUUGCCUAGCAGUGCUAAACAAUUUAUGGUGAUGCUUCCUUACAUUGCACAACAUGGAAGAUGCCUCCUCGAAACCAUAUGAUGAGUUUUAUUUGCUUUGUUUAACACUUGGAGUGUGUGUGGCAGCAGAUGCUUUUGCCAGAUGUUGCACCUGUGCCCAGAUUUUGGUGCCCUUAGGCCCAUGAUGGAUCAUCAGCACGUCAAUUGCCUUCCAGCAUUUCCUAUUCCCACCCAGCUGGCAAAUUCUGAUGGAAAUUCUCUAUCGUUUCAGGUGAAACCAAUGGGUAUGACAGUGAACCGGAGAAUCUGCCAAAAAGUGAGUGAGUCACAAGGGCUGAGCCAGCUCAUGGGGCAUAAUUAUAGCUGCUGGAUCACCUGCUGGUAUAUUUACUAGAAAUGGCCAGGCUGCAUAUAGCUUCUGUGAACCAUUUGAGUAUUUGGAAUAUUGACCAUUUGUUUGUGGCAAAAUGGGCUCACUAUGAAUGCUUAGAGCAGGCAUGGGAAGCUGUGGCCCUCUGGAUGUUGUUGGUCUCCAACUCAUGUUACCUCCAGCCAGCCAGGUUGGCCAUCAAGGAUGGUGGCAGCUGUAGACCAUUAACAACUGGAGGGCCACCGGUUCCCCAUUCCUGGCUGCUUGUGGAGCUCAGGGAAUGCAUAUUUCUUCCAGCACCGGGGAGAGCAUAGCUUGCUUGGGAGCUAUAUCUACUAAAACUUUGGCAUGAGGACUUCAUGCCUAGGAUCCCAGUGAAGAGAAUAAGGAUUGGGGUGACUAACAGGAAAAAAAUAUCUGAAGGAAGUGGGCAUGUUUAGAGCUCAGGUGGUGGCUUUCAAAUUGUGUCCUCAUGAACUCUGGAGUUCCAGGUGCUUGAUGGGAAAAUCAGCAACUAUGGAAGGCUUUCUUGAAAGACAGCUUGUCUGUCAUUAUUACUAUUUUCUUGCAAAGGAUAGCCUCUCCCUAGUGACUGUUUGACAUGUUCUAGGGCACAUUUGAUUUUUACAGGGCAACAUCAAAGCCCAACCAGCUUAGCUGUUGCUCCGCAUAAACCUUGAAAGUGGACCAGAAUCCUCUGAGAAACCUGGUAAUCCCAUGGCAGGCAUGAAUGGGUGUCGCUGCACAUAAGCCAGUGUGGAAUGAGUUCCCUCAAAGGAGGGAGGUUUCCCCUCAAAAAACCCAACUCUUUUAGGGAAUAGAUUCCAUCCAAAGCAGCUGUGUCCUUUUCCAAAGGUGAAGAGAAGACAUCCGUAAAGAAAAAGGUUAGAGUUAGGGCAUCUAGAUGCUGCAGAGGCUGCUUCUCUCCAGUUCCAUGGUGCUACGAAGUAGUCACUGAACUUCUUGUGGUAAAAUAUAUUAAGAGGCUGGUCACACGCCCCUCCCAAAGGCAUCUCCAGUGUCGCCUCUUUAGCCCAUUCAUUUCUGUACUCUGUAUGGUCCUGCAAGAUUGUGAAACGCCCUUUGCUGGGAAAAAAGGAGUAACUGGAGUGAGAUUAUACAUAAUGAGUUUGGCCCUUUAUCCCAGGCUUGCAUAUAAGCACUGGAGGAAGAACAACUAGAGCAACAGGCUCCAAACUGGAUCUGUGUCAUGACUCAUCUGCUCUAGCUGGCACCAGUGGCUCUGGACACACCAGCAUUUCCUGUUCUCCAUGCCUGCAAAGCUUUGCCUGUAGCCUAGCAUGGACACACUUCAGUAGUGCCCACCAAUGUCAAGUCAUGUCUCCAUCCAUCCUGCAAACUGUCUUGUGUGGGUACUCAGAUAAGCACCCUCUCUUAGGUGCUAGAGGUGGGGAGGGAAGACAUUGGAGUCAGGUUUGGAAUAAAGGAAGUGCAACUUUUUACAUGCAGGCCACAUGAAGCCUAAGUCACUGCAGUUGGUGCAGUUUUGAAUACUGCUCCAAUCCCAUUCAGAAUGGGAUGCUUUGUGAUAACUCACUAUGGUGGAGAGGAGGAAACCAGUUCUGUCCUUGUGCUGUAGCUUUCAGAUGUUAGUAUGUUUUGCCUCAUAUUGGGCAGCGUAGAUAAUUUGCUACCAAGCUGUCUCUUGCUUACUGCUCCUCCCAACCUUUACUGGUAUGCAGGAGAACAGAGCUUGCCUCGUUCCCAACUUUAUCAUUGACUGUCUGCAUGACCUUGAGUAAAUUCCCUAAUCCAGGCCAGGUCAAUGUAUUGCCCUCCAAAUGUGUGCCCAACUACAGCUCCCAUAAUCCUUGAGCUUUCGCCAUGCUGGGUGGGACUGAUGGGAGAUGGAGUUGGACAAGAACUGGAGGGCACCAUGUUGGCUAAUCUGCCCCUAACCAUUCAACUUUCUUCCACUCUGUUGCUGCCUCCCCUUCCUUCACUCAGGAUAAAAGGCUUUAGCAGUUAAGAGGUCAUUUGUCUUUUUUAGGUCGCCAUAAGCGCCUGCUGCAGGUACAGGCUCAGUCCAAGAGAAAUCCACACUACCAGACUCUGGAGCGGGACCUCAUCGAGUUCCAGGAGCAGCAGCUCUUUGAGCUCUUUGUGGUGGUGUCACUACAGAAGAAGCCAUCAGAUGCAACAUACACCCCACAGAUUAUACAGCAGUUUCCUAGCAAGGUGAGUGGCAUAGCAAUGCGGAUGUCUGUCUCCACUGUCCAGAGCUUAAUGUUAUUGUGAAUAUGUAUUGUGAGCCCCUUUGCUCUUGUUGUAGCAGUAUAAUACACACUGAGAUGAAUAGAAGCACAAGUACACUAGCUGGUCUGUGAGUCCUUGGUUGACGUUUUUGUAUCUCUUAAAAUAAUUCCACUGUGUAGUCUCAAUGACUUGUAAGGGAAUGAGACUUAUCAAAGGCCCAUAGCGCAGUGGGUAAUUGAGAUUGAUUUUGUGGCAGUCAUCGGGAUUUGUCCUAGGGCCCCUCAGGAACUGGAGCAUCCUUGGAGCCUAAUUGCAUUUCAUAUGCAAAAUAUGUGCAAAAAGAGUCCAACAGCUGCUUUUCUUUAAAAAAUGCAGCUUCAGGAGGGAGAUGCAAACCAUUUCCCUAUAAACCUCUAUAAAUCUCUAGUCUAUCUAUCUGUAAGUGAUGUUUUAACCCCAUCUUUCAGUUUUAUUUCUAAAACACUCAAAGAUGGCCUACAUCACCUGAAAUAAAUUGGACCUCCAAAAUACAUAUUUUUAAAAUGUGGUUUCAAAUGCAUGCUUGCUUCCUCAAAAGUACAUCUGGAAUCUGACAGAGGUGUUGCGAUGCAAGCAGCUUCGAUGGAGAAUUGAUUUGGGGGCAGAGAAAGGGUUAAAUUCUCCCUCUCCAGUUCCAUCCCCCCUCCCAGUCCAAAACUCCCGCCUAAGAAAAGCAACCUUUGGGCUUUACAUGUUUACAUGCAUUGGGGAGCAACAUGUAUUUCCGUCCUCAGGCUGAAACGUUGCCUGCUGGACUGUGGUCUAGAGGAAAUGCCCAAGUGCUGACCUAGCUGGCUGUGCCCAAGUCCCUGUGCAAAAUCUGGGCUUGAACGAUUGCUCAGCUCUUUGCCAGAGAGCCAGAAAAGAAGCUCAGCUUUGUUUGGGCAAAACAUGCACCAGUUUCUAGUGCUGUGCUGCUGGGGGCAUCCCACAGACAGAGAGAGGAAGUGCAACUGAGUUUUAAUGGUAAUCCCAGAGCAGCGCUGACUUCAUCUGGUUGCUGUUGAUAACAAAAACAGGGAGGGGGAUGUGUUGGCCUACAUUGCUCAGGAGGCACAGUGAGCAACAUCCCACCGCCUCCCAUGACCUCUCUCUGUGUGUGUGUUUUCUCUUUGUGCCACUGCUGACAAAGUGGAUGGCGCCCUGCCAGUCUGCUAGCCUUCCCUCUGCCUGGGAGAUAUUUGGUAGGAUGUUAACAAGAUUUGCACGGGAGGGUCUUUGAGGCUGGGAUCCAGCAGGAAACAUUGCCCUAGUAAUUACGAGGCAAUGAUUAUAACAUGAGCACAGUGAUUACAGGCUAUCGCCAGCUCCGAAAAUAGUGCUGUUUCCAAACAAUGUGCCAGUCACUCCCUUGCAUGGGAGUCUGCAGCGAAGCAAAGCUCCUGGAAAGCCUUUACUAGUCUCAACAGUAAAGCAAGCUAGACUGGAGUGGGCAGGGGUGUGUUUUUUUUACAACGAAGACCAUGCUGUAAAUCAAUCAGGAAAUAGCAAGGCAUGUAUAUAUUAAUAUGCCUAUUUUAUAUUAUUAUUAUACACUCUGUUUUCUGAUGUUUUAAUUGAGCGCUGCUUUGGAAACAUUUGUUGCAAAUUGGUUAAUGAAUUCUGAAGGAAAUCAGUAACCUGCAUACUCUUACUGCAGAAUUGAUCUGAUCAUACCUGGAAACUGUUCCUCUGCCUUUGAAAAAUUGUAACUUAUUUUUAUUUGGGGGAGCGGGGUACCCUUUUCAAGGUAUUCAAGUCAAAAGCAGCUCUUGGAGGAGAGGAGAGGAUGAAAAAUUGAUGUGGGAGCAGGGCUGGUGUUUGGUGUGCUUGGAGGAUAGUUCCCCAUGUCUGCAUCCAGAGAGAAACUCUUUGCUUGCCUGGCUGUGUUCAGUGACGUGGCGUGUGUUCCCUCUGCAGCCUGACCACCCCUUUCGGCAGUCUAAGGACACUGAAGAGAGGCUAAAGGUCAUCCCCAAAUUCUGUUUUCCUGACCCCAAAGACUGGUGCCCGACAUCAGAGUCAAAGAGGUGAGAGACUGUAAAAUGGAUUGUUUUUAUUUAGUGAGAAUCUAGGCUAAGAACUGGAUUACUUGGGAGCAGCGGUGGGGAACUGGACCUAGCCAGUGGGCCCAGGUCUGGCCUCCUCCAACCCCUGUGUGGCAUUUUGACAGAUCAGUGUGGCUACCAAACUGUCAAUUACCCAAUGUCACCAUGAUAUCAGGCAUAACAGUUUCAUUGCCAGUGUGGCCAAAGCUCUGGGUAAGCAGGCUGAUUGUUGAUGUCUUCACACCCCACUUCCUUUGCCCAGGAGGUUUGAAAUCAGUUUGCAAAGGCACAGGGGUUUAGAGGCGCCUAUGAUCAGUAGGCCAGCGGCACCUUAUAAUCCAUCCUUUCGGCAGGAACCCGCCCCACACCCGAUGUCACUUCCUCUUGAACUUCCAGUGCUUAAUGAAGCCUUUUUUUUUUCAUUUCCAGCAGGCUUCUAAACUGAAUUCUGAUAUUACAAAUUUAACACAUUUUUAGUCUUAUUGCAUUGGGUCUCCUGUACACCGACCACUUGGAGAUGACUGAUUAAGUGGUAUACAAAUUGUUCAAGUACAUAAACAAAUGAUGACACCAGGUGUUGGGCAUGACUUAUGGGAAAUGGUCUUGCAGGCCCGAGGUCCCUUGCUACUGGUUUUCCAUCUCUUAGGGUAUCUCUUGUUGAGGACUGAAUAGUGACCCUGGGAGUAGAAGUGAUUAGCAUUGAAGGGUGGGGUUGGUUGCCCUUGGUAAGGGCAACAUGUCUCCCCUUUCAUGUGGUUUUGCAGCUCUCAGACUGAGAUGCGUUAGGAAGUGUGUGCUUUUGGCUAGUUGAAGAAAUUUAUUUGAUUUUUAAUUUUAUUUUAAAAGAUACCCUACCUUGAAAAUAGUGUUUAAAAGCACAAACAAAACUACAGCCCUUUAGCAAUCUUUUUAUUUGCUUGUUACUUUCUGCCCACCCUUCCCCCAAUUCACUGCAGUGUCGCAGUGACCUAGAUAUUGCUGACCAUGAACUGCUUACCUACCCCAGUGGGACCCUUGCAAGCAAGGGUGGGGUAAGGAGGUAAUCUCUUGGCGGCCAGUUCUGGUCAUUUCUGGGUGGGUGGAGAUCUUGGAAGGCAGCACACUGAUGAAAUAUCUGCUGUAAACAGAUUUAGGAACUGGAUAAGCGCUGUGUCAUUUAUGCCCAGCAGUGAAAUUCACGUUGUGAAGAUGGGGCCCUCUGCAGGGUAGGCUAACUCCUGCUGUGCUCGCUCAGUCAACAUGGCAAUCUACUUUUUUCUCUCUUUCCCAGCGAAACGUUUUCCUUUGUGCUGACUGGUGAGGAUGGCAGCCGCUGGUUCGGAUAUUGCAAGAAGCUCCUGGUAAGUAGCUCCCUGUCUUGGAUGCUAGCGUGAAAGCUCUGCAGCUGCAGGUGAAGGAUGAGUGCAUGUCCACAGUCCUGUGGAUGGAUUGGCUUUGAGUGCCACUGCAGUGGCUAGCAGGCUAUAUGCCUGAGCAGUUACAAAUAAUUCUUAAGCCUGGCAUAUUGAAGGAAAAGGAGGGUGGAGGGAAGAUGCACUAUUUAGAAGCUGAAACCAGGGAUGCUCAGGUGACAGUAGCGUGAGAGAUCCUUAGCAGUCUAGCCUUCUCUUCUUGCACGUUCCACUGCUUUGCACCUAAAGGUCUGCUCUUGUCGCCUUUUUAGCCAGAAGGGAAAGGCAAACGACUGCCUGAGGUAUACUGCAUGGUGAGUCGCCUCGGCUGCUUCAACCUUUUCUCUAAGGUGAGUGGGUUCCCCUGGACCUCAUAGAGAAAGUGGUAAAAUGCCUUUCUAGGAUUGCUGUUGGUUGUUGGGAUGACACAUCUUUUCACAGCACCUGCCGACCAGGGUGGGGAGCCCGUGGCUCUACAGCAGUUAGUUGCACUCCAUCUGCUCCAGCCAGCAGGGCCAGGGAUGAUGGGAGUUUUAGUCCAGCAGCAUCUGCAGGGCUACAGGCUCCCCAACCCUGUAGUAAAGGAAAUGAGGGGAAGGGUUGGAUCUUAAUGCACCUUUAGUGGGGUGGAAGCAAAAUCAGCACCGGUAAAGGUUAAUCCAAAGCUUACCGCGCUUUCCCCAGCCCCCAGAGUUGUGGCUGGAAAGGAUGUGGUCUCUUGAUUUAAAGAAGCUCUUAAGAAACAAGCUUUCAGUUCCCUUCUUACUGGAAGAGAAGGGUAGUGCUUUGAGGAAGACUGCAGAGAAAACUGCCUUGCUGGCUGCAGACUGGCAAAAUGACGAUAAUUUGUUCAAUGUGGUUUGUAACGUAUUCUGAAGAGACUUCAUCACAUAACAGCUGUCCACUCCCUAGAAUGCUUGUUAUUAAAUUUGUAUACUGCCCUUCAUCUGAAGAUCACAACAUAAAAGUACGACAUGAGAACACAAAAUACAUAACAUAACAAAACAAAUUUUAAAGGACACGUUUUAAAGGACAUAGAAUGUUAUGGGCCUGGUUAUAGGGAAAUGUUUUUUUCUGGUGCCUAAAGAUACGUAAUGAAGGCGCCAGGCGAACCCCCCAGGAAAGAGCAUUCCACAAAUGGGGAGCCACUGCAGAAAAGGCCUGUUCUUGUGCUGCCACCCUCUGGACCUCUUGUGGAGGAAGCGCACAAAGAAGGGUCUCAGAUGGUGAUCUCAGGGUCUGGGGUCAGUUGUUCAUAAGGGGACAGACAGUCCUCGAGGCACUGCAGCCCUGAGCCGUUUAAGACUUUAUAGGUCAAAACCAGAACACUGAUUCACAUCCUUCAUUAUACAUAGUCGCUGUGGCAUUGCCAAACUGAUCUGUGAGAUUUGCACAAGGCAUCCUGAUUGUUUGCCAGCAGCUCCUUUUGGACUUCCCAUAGGCAUCUGGCUGGCAACUAACCAUGAUGGCUAUGUUCUGCCUCCAGUGUCAGAGGCAAUAUAUCUCUGAAUGCCGGUUCCUGGGAAUCCAAGGUGGGGAAAGUGCUGUUGUGCUCAUGUUUCGUUUGUGGGCUUCUCACAGGCAUCUGGUUGACCCCCGUGAGAGAAAGAUGGGCCAUUGGUCUCAUCCAGCAAGGCAGUUCUUAGGUUUGUCUUCGAAAAACUGCUAACUGCUCUCUGCAAUAUUAUCAGUCAUAUAAAGGAAUGUAUAAUUGAACAUUUAAUAGCAUUUCAAUUUUAAGCAUCUUUGGGCCUUCUCUUUGAACCAUUUACAACCUCCAUGCACCAUGUUGAUGGAUUUUAGGUGUGAAUUCAUGAGCAAGGAGGAAAUGCGCACUCAUUGUUUUUUGUAGGAUUAGGGGGUUGAACUGGAUUGCCUUCUGCUUUGGCCCCAGGGUAAAACUGCUGCCGCCUCAUUUGCCUUGAGAUGCACAGUGUAGCAUACAGUAAGAUCUCAGAUCUCAUUACACGAUCAGUGUUACUCCAAGCACACUAGCCGCCACUUAGAAAAGUGAAAGAGAAAGCCGUGGAAAACAAAUGGGAUGUGUGCGCGCGCAAUUACGCAACUUAAUAAAGUAUUGUGAAGGAAGCGUAGGCGGCUGGAGUCUGGAAGAAUGCUGACAACGAACUUUAAAAGUGGCUCACAAUGAGCUAGAGGAGGUGAAGGAAUGAGGAAUUGAAUGUGAGGAAGGUGGAAUUGGGGGGAUGCACCUAGGGGUGUGUCCUGGGUGGGUGAGGACCGCCCACACUUGGUGACAUGGUGACUUACUCACUUUUCUGGUGAAUGAACUUGGAAAACUGGUUUCUCUAGAUGGUUGUGCCAUUACAAUGAAGGACACAUCUGUGCUGGGGGAGGGAAAUGAAUGUGCCUUUAUAUCAUGUGCCAAUAACACAGCACAUCUUAUGAGAGGACAUCAGCUGAAGUGCUGAAGUGUCAAUCCUCUCUGCUUUCAUAGAAUCAUAGAGUUGGAAGGGAUUCUGAGAAUAAUCUAGUCCAACCCCCUGCAAUGCAGGAAUAUGGAACUGACCCUUGUGGGGAUCUAAACUGCAAUCUUGGUGCUAUAAGCACUACACUAUAACCAGCUGAGCUAUCCAGCUGUUUCUCACUUGUGUUGCGGUCAGGAAGAACCAGUCUUGUAACAGUAAAUUCUUCUCAUGCAGAUAUUGGAUGAAGUGGAGAAGAGGCGUGAGAUGUCCCCAGCCCUGGUGCACCCAUUCAUGCGGAGCGUCAUGGAGGCACCAUUCCCUGCUCCUGGGCGCACCAUCACUGUGAAGAGUUUCCUGCCAGGAGCAGGAAAUGAGGUAACGGCAAAAGGCAUUGUUGCCUAGCAAAGGCGUGAGGAAUGAUCACCAUGAUUGCAGUAGGAACCCAGAAUGUGCCCAGAAUGUGCAAGCCAUAAAGCAAUUUCCAGAGGGUUGCUGAGUUGCUGGCAUCCUUUAUCUGUCCUUUUGGGCCACAAUUCAGAGCUUGCCAAGUCUAUGUGUACACACCUAAGUAAAUGCAUGAGCGGAACGACUUCCAUUUGCACAGUGGGACUUCCCUUCCCCUUUGUGCACCCCUUUAAAUCUGUUCUGGGGGUUCCCCCAACCCUCGUAGCAGAUUUGGGGAUGGCAUAGUGCAUGUGUGGAGGGAGGAGAGGAAGCCAUUCUGCUCCUAUAAUUAUUUAAUUGAAUACAGUCAUACCUUGGUUGUCAAAUGCCUUGGUACUCGAAUGUUUUGGCUCCCGAACACCGCAAACCCGGGAGUGAGUGUUCCGGUUUGUGAACGUUUUUGGGAAGCUGAACGUCUGAUGUGGCUUCCGCGGCUUCCGAUUGAGUGCAGGAAGCUCCUGCAGCCAAUCGGAAGCCAUGCCUUGGUUUUCUAACCGUUCUGAGAGUUGAACAGACUCCCAGAACGGAUUAAGUUCAACAACCAAGGUACCACUGUACCACCUCAACAUUUUGGGUUUCAGGAGAGAACACAACAACAAACUAGCUCAAUUCUUGUCCAUAAUUCAUUUACAAUUGUCUGCUCUCAGGUAAUUGAGCUUUGCCGUCCCCUGGACUCGCGUCUGGAACAUGUCGACUUUGAAUGCCUGUUUAAGUGCCUCAGCGUCUCUCACUUGAUCCAAGUCUGCGCUUCUCUCCUGCUGGAAAGGAGGGUGAUAUUUGUUGCUGACAAUUUGAGGUGAGACUGAAAUGACAAGUCCCCUGCCUGGCUUGGCAAGAUCUUCGUGUGCGUGUGUUUUCCCCUGUCCUUUCUGAACCCUUCAUGUCACAAAAUAAUUGCAGCUUUUCUUGUUAAUGCAUAUAUAGACUAUCAUCAUCAUCAUCCAAAUUCAGCCACCAUAAAAUGCAAACUCUGGAAACGUGAAGCAGAUAUUCAUGAAUUACUGGAAAAAAGACUAUUGGUCUACCCUUACAUAAGUGUGCACAUAAGGGGUAGCUUGCAUGGAACCUGACACCAAAAUCUGGAAUUGCAGGGCUAGCUGGGGAAGGGCUGUAGAUCAGUGGUAGAGCACCUACUUUGCAUGCAGAAGGUCCCAGGUUCAAUCCCUGGCAUCUCCAAUCUUGUCUGAAAUGCUGGAGAGCCACUGCCAGUCAGUGCAGGCAAUGCUUAGCUAGAUGGACCAAUCGUCUUACUUGGUAUAAGGCAGCUUCCUUUAUUCCUAUGCUCCUUCGUACUCGGGAAAAGUGCAUUACACAGUCAUCUCGGAACUGUACAACUUCAUAAUUGUGGUGGAAGAUAGCAUGUGCAAAUUUUCCUCCAUAAAAAACAAAUUGCACUUAGAAGACUUUCAUGCCAUGGAAAAGCCUGUAUUCUUUCCCACUAAGAUUCUGGCUUUCUAGAACCAGGGAGUAUUUAUUAUGGGACAGCAUUCAUUCUUGCAGUUAACUACCUCUAUUUUGCAGUGGUACUGUUCCAAAAGUAUCACAUAUUUUCUCUUGCAUGGGACCAUUACAUACAUCACAUUUUAGCCUUUACCUGUACUAAAUUAAUUUCUCUAAAUUAGGGGUGCUUUUCAUCAGUCAGGGACUUCAUAUACUGACUAAUGCUUUUGUGUUUUAUUUCCCUCACUUAGCACCUUGUCCAAAUGUGGUCAUGCUGUGGUUGCAGCACUCUAUCCGUUCACCUGGCAACACACUUAUAUCCCUGUCCUGCCAGAUUCUAUGAUAGACAUUGUCUGCUCACCCACCCCUUUCCUUAUUGGCAUCCUCUCCUGCUCCUUAACUCAGCUCCAGGACCUGCCCAUUGAAGAGGUGAGAUCUGAGAAAACCUCAGGAGGAAAUGUAAGGGGUGGUGGUGCACCAGUUAUUACACCAUAUUAGUGAGGAGAGGGUGAAAGUUUUAGUGGUGUGUUCUGGGGUGACCUAUUCAUUUAAGACAAUAAGCUUAAUUCUUACGCUUGCACGAACCUUGAGUCCAUCAGUGAUACACUGUAUCCAGUGUAGUGCUACAUGAAUGUUCAUCAGCCCAUGGAUUUCUGCUUGUGCAGUAGAAUGUUCUGUCCCCCUCCUCCCACCCCACACCCUCUAAAUCUGAUCUAGGCAUCCCCCCAACCCUCCAGAGCAAUUCUUGUCCUGAUGGAACAUGUUAGUUGAAUGCUCUCCAUUGGUAUCAGCAUAACUGUUUGCUCAAUAGCCCAUUUACACAGAAUAACUUUUUAAAGACUCUGAUGGGGCUGGGGAUCUGAAUUUUUAUUUGUAGAGGCCGCUCUCCCUUCCUUCUCUUCUCAGUUGGAAUGUGCUGCCAUUGUAGAUGUGACUCCCUCCAUGUGCAAUAGCUUCCACCAAAGUGCUUGAACUGAAGUCAGAGCUAUGAAGCGAUAACUUUGUCCUAUCCAGGAUUGCCAACGAUUGAUGGACACCACGGUCACCUGAUAAGAAGGGUUGUGCUUAUGUUAUCUGAUCUGUGUUAUCUGUUCCGUGCAGCCAGACAAUAGCCUGUUGUCACAGUGUCAUAUGAAUCAGGAUAGGAUGACUGUGGGUUGCACAAGGGGUUUGUGGAUUAUAUGCAGUAACCAUCUAUCUCUUUCCUUAGGUACUGAUUGUUGAUCUGUGCGCAGAUACAUUUUUACAACAGGUGAGUCAAAUUACUUAGCUACUGGCUGCUUCACAAGCAAGCAGAAUAAUCCCCCCCCCCCCCGAAUGGGGCCUUACAGGCAGUGGAGUGGGGAUAAAUACACAAAAGAAGCUAAGGACCAAACUGCACAUUGGAGAUCCGUGUUCAGAUCUGCUGACUCUUUGUUUAAGCUUAAAAGGAACAGGGAACAAAUUGGAUUGAGACUGCAGAGCUGGGGGAAAUUGGGGUUUAAUCUGUUCCCAUUUGCCAUUUACCUGAUUUCCUCUGCCCCAAACUGUCUACACUGAUGAGGAAAAAGGACAUCAAGGAUGAUUAGUUUUGUCAUUUUGUGGUUCUGAGGACUGGGAAGAGGGGUCGCAGAAUGCUGGGCUUCUGGGGAGAUAAGAUUGCCCAAGGGAGUUUUUCUUUUGUCUGUGCAUUUGAGUGGCUUAGGUAUUAACAAGUGUUUUCUGUGGGGAAGUGGUAUUUCCUAAGACAGCUGAAACUUAGUAGGGGGCUGUGGCCAAAAUUUCCAGUUGGCCCACUUAUCACAUAACGAGAUAGCAUUUUUUCAAACUAUGUGCAUGAGCAGGAAGGAGUCACCAUGAAUUCCAGACUUUAGUCAGUUUCUAAACAAACUUAACUUCAAACAAUAGAUUACAAAGUUGGCUUGCUUAAUUAACCAGAGUGUGUUUUUAAACCACAAUAUUAGGUUUGCAGCAAACAACAAGCCAGGUCUUGUGGAAAGUGAAUCUAAACACUUUCCUAGACACACUUGGGAAGAAGGAGGAUGAGCAUAUGGGUCUUAAGUUCAAUGGGGUUCCCUACUGCUUGAGCCCAUGGUCAUCGUGGUUUAGCAUGAUAGGAAUGAACCUAGCUCCCCUUGGACUUCUGUGCUCUCCAUCACUCCCCCACUCCCAGCAUGGCUGCAAUGAGACUGGACGCUUCUGCUUUAAAUUAACCUCAGUUUACUGUGUUGUCCAAUCCAUAAACUGGUUAUUCUUGGAAAAUAGGAAGCUGCUUUAUAUUAAGUCAGAUGUUUGCCUGUCUAGAUCAGGUUUAAGGCAGAGGUCUUUCCCAGCCGUAUCUGGAGAUGCUGGGAAUUGCAUGGGUGGAGAUAUUUUAAACCUUUUCUUCCCAUGCCAUAGUUCUGCUGAAAAUCUCUCCCCCCACCCCCUUGAGUCACUAUUUGCAUCAGAGAGAAGCUUCUGCUGGGACCAAUGGCAGCUCACACAAAUAGCUUUAAGAGGAUGGGUGCUAAAGGUUUAAGUCCCUUCCCCCACUUUCUUCAGUCCUGGUCCUGAUUGUUGCUGCCUGCCCCAUGAUUGCUGUUCUGAAAUAAAAAUGCACAAGGACAAACUACAGUGGUACCUUGGUUUACAACCAUAAUCCUUUCUGGAGAUCUGGUUGUAAACCAAAACAGGUUGUAACCCAAGGCGCGCUUUUGCCAAUGGGGUCUCCCCCCCCCAAUUGGUUGUAAUCCAAAAAAAAUAAAAAAAUGGGUUGUAAUCCGAAAAAGGGACACACACUUCCGGGUUUGACAUGGUUGUAAUCCAAAGCGCUUGUAAACCAAGGUACCACUGUAUACUUGUAAUGUGACCUGUAUUUUGGUCUUUAGAAAGCUAUUGUCUCUCUAGCAUCUUGCUGCUUCUAUUUUCUGUGUUUCCUCUCCACAAGAGUUCUUCUCCUCAUUGUCUAGACAGUCGAGAGUUUCCUGUAAUCAGCUGUUCUUAAAAAUAAUCCCUAGUGUUGUCAUUCUCUGCUGACUUCCCUUUUCCCCUGUUGCCUGAAGGUGCUCCCCCAGGCAAAGCAGGGGAGACUGACAAACUGUUGAAUGCGACAUUCCACCAAGCAAAAUGAAAUGUCAUUGGGCUUUAUAGUUCUACUGCACAACUCCUGGUUAAAGAGUACUCAGGAGUCAUUGGGUGAUUGCAUUUGCCCAGUAUCUAGUACUUCUGUAUAUUAGAAUGUUUGAAAGGCAUUUCUAAUCUCAGUUGUUUGUGUAAUGGUAUCUCUGUCCAUGGCAAAAGACAGGUCUCUGUCCAGAGGAAUUUACAGUUUUAAACUUCAGCAGUGGCCAAGGUGGGUGGAGAGGAGGCAAGCAGAGAGGGAAGGAAGGGUGGCUUGCAUGAGAGCAAAAGCAGGCAGCUGUAUCUAGAUUUUGAUCCAACUGAGGACAAGAAUUAAAGAGUUCAGGCCAAAGGGUUAAAUAGGCCAAAGGGUUAAAUAGAAGCAAUUUGCUAAGAUUUGUUUCGGUUUCAAAUAUAGAAAGCUAUAAAUGACCUCAGGAGUACAUCAGUUUCUCUUAUCGUCUGUCUGUUUAUCUGAUCCUCUGUUCAUGGUAGUGGCCAUUGCCACAUCUUAUGGUAGCAAACUGCAGGCUGUAGUUCAUGUGAUGUGUGAAGAAGCAUGUCCUCUUUCCCUUUCUUGAAUCUUCCACCUCAGUUUCUAAUAUAACAAUAGAGGAAGAAUAACUUCUCCCUAUCCACACUCUUCACAGCAAGCAGUCCUACUUUUUUCGCUCCACUGGUCUGUUCUGCAUUGGAGCCGGUGCAUGGGAGUUGGUUAUUCAAAGGAUCUGUCUUAAGAUGUGACCUUAUGAUAUUUAUUGGAUUUUUGUUUAGUUUUUGAAUUCUGCUUCUAGGGGCUAGAAAUCUGUAGUAGUUGUAUCAACAUCUGCAAUGCUUUCUAAAAAUAUUUUUGAUAAUGGGUGGUGUACAACUAAGUUAUACUCAAAGUAGAUCCCCUGAAAUAAAUGGAUUUCACUUACUUAAGUGCAUUGAUUUCAGUGGGUCUGCUCUAUGAAUGAUGAACACUGGAAACCACCCCAUCUGCUUUAAACAUAAAAUUUAAUUGGUUCCACACUUUAAUUAUGUAUAGCCAUGAGGUGUGCCCUCUUAAACUGCAUGCUGAAAUAAUUUCAUGUGGUAGGUGACACAGUUACUUCAUGAAACAUUUUAGUGACUUCACAUGGUCCUGUUUUGGAAUACAUGUUAACUACCACCAUUCUGCUUUCUCCCCUUUUAUUUUAAAGGUUUCAGAUGAAGAUGAAAUCCUACCUCACAAGCUCCAGGCUGCACUCGUACAGAUCUUAGAAGAGAGAAAUGAAAUCUUGUCUCGGGAGCGGAAUUACACACAAGGUGACUUGGAUCAGAAAGAUGGUGUACAAUGAGUUAAAGAAAAUCUUCAAAUUUACUUACCCCAAUAAACCAGAAGCAUUUCUUGGGAAUGAGUUACCAAAGAAAGCCCACAACCUAUUUUUAUAUGCAACAAUAGCAGCAAGGAUAGUAGAUGCAAGAUACUGGAAACAAAGAGAGACCCUAGGGAAAGAACAAUGGCUAUACAAACUAAUUGAAUGUGCAGAGCUUACCAGUAUGACAUUUAAAAUAAGAAAUCAAGAUGAUAAAUAGACGAGGAGUGAGUGGGAAUAUCUAGGGGGAUAUUUACAAAAAACUGACCUCAGAUAUAGAUUCCAAAUAAGGGGGUACUUUGUGACCAACAGUUGAUAAUAUGAAAGAUAUGAGAGUGUGGAAAAUAAGGUGAAGGAAUUAAUGUAUAUGCAGCUAAGCAAGAUGUAAAAAGAACUGUCAUGGAAUGCUGGGUGGGAAGUCAAGCAGAGUUAUUGUGUAAGAAUAGGAAAAAGGCGUAAUUGUAAAACUGGAAAACUUAAAAAAAAUAAAAUAAUCAUAAUAACUAAAAAGGAGAAACCCAUGAAAAUAUGGUGGUGUGGAAAUCUCCAGACAUCUCUACUGCAAAGUGGGGUGGGGGGAAAGUGGUUGGCAGAGGAAAAGGUGUCAGGAAGGGGCUUUAACUCCCCAGUGUCGAUGGGGAGGAGAGGAGGUUGCAGUGGGGAAACGGUAACUGGGAAAAGCAUGUGCACAGUGCUUCCCACUUCCAGCAAACUGCACACGCAUCCUACUGCUUGGCAACAGAGAAGUGGUUGUUUGGAUUCCCAGACCCACCCUUACUGCUGCACAUCCAUGUUGAUGGUUACCUAGCUCCCCAUUAAAAGUGCAGUUAUUGUACCCACUGAAGCUGUUGACAUCCUGAGCUAUGUGCCAAGUUUCUUUAUCUCUGUUUAAAUAGAGAUAUGUAGGUAGAGAUUUAGGUUCUGACCCAGCCAAUAGGAUGCAUGGUCCCUUCAUAGCCUUUGGGAACGAAGUUGAGGUUGAUCUCUCCAAAGGUUGAGAUGUGACUGCUUUCUGUGCCUUCUGGUAGGUGACGUGACUCUGGACUUGUUGGUAUCGGAGGCUUUUGUGCGCUUCUUCGUGGAGAUUGUGGGGCACUACUCCCUUCACAUGCAUGUCACUGAGAAAGGAGAGCGGGUGUUCCAGCGGGAUCCCUUCCGGAAGUCCCACACCUCCCGUAAUGUGCGCCAUUUCCUAGACAUCUUCAUGGAGACGCAAAUGUUCGCUGGUUUCAUACAGGAUCGAGAGCUACGGAAGAGCGGGGUUAAAGGUGAUGCUUGCCAAAUCCAGUCCUUAUUCUUGUUUUGUGUAGAACAAUUGCGGUACUUGCACAAGAAUUUAAAACAGCCAAAGGGGAAUCCAAGUUUGAUUGUUUUUCAAUAUCUGGUACCUUCUAAAAUGUUUUGUUACUGCAGGUAACCAGGACCAUUGACCACCUGCUUUCUCCUCAUUUUGGAGGGACACGUUUGUUUUGGAUGGCCAUUUAUUUUCUUGGCCCUAUCUAUUGUGUAUGGUGAUUUUUAAAAAAUGACCCUGUGUUUUGGGAAUUUUCAAUGAAAAUUGAUUAAAAUAAACCAAGUGAAAAUGGUAGAAAUGCAGAGCUACUUUGUGCCCGCAGAAUGUCCUGUGCUCUUCUUCUGGGAUUGCCUUCAGUUGUGAGCUCUUCCAGGUUCUGAGCUUGGAAACAGUGACACUCCUUUGCUGCCUUCCCCAAAAGCAUUCUUAAUUUAGUUCUAGGGAAGUGGGGUGCAGGCUUAUCCACACUUCCAAGGAGUUGUAGAUUAACUUUUAAAUGAGAUUGUAAUGAAAUUCAAAUGCCUUCAAACAAUAAGGCUGGCUUGGCUUUACUUUAUUAAAGAAUUAGACAGGUAGCUGUCAGCAUGAUGGACAGGAGAGGAGGCCCCUUCCAUUCACUUAAGUUAAUACCAGAACUGGAGGUGAUGGAAAAGCUUCAGACUCUCUUCCAGCUCUUGUACCAGCUGCCUGGGUAGCGAACCGGGAAAUAAUUAAGAAGCUGAACUUUUCCUUUGCCAUGGAGGAGGUAAAGGCUGGAGAACGUGAGAACAUCUCUAACCCAGAAUAAGAGGCUAUAAACAGGAUGCCUGGCUGCAUCCAUGCACUCAUCCCUUUUAGGCAAUGUACGGGUAUUUCCCUUCUUUGGGGCACAUGUGGGCUUUCUCAUGUGUAAUUUUGUUUGAAACUUCAUCCCAAAAGAGAGAGAGAAAUGCAUGUCUAAGUGAUGCUUUCCUUUUUUUCUAGGCUUGUUUGAAGUCCGUGCCUUGGAGUAUUUGGAGACCAUUCCAGAGUCUGAGCCAAGUGGGAUGAACAAAAUCCUCCGUAGUUUGGGUAAAUAAUGCUCAAUCUUGUUCUUGGCUGCCUUGGUCGCUUGUAAUUUGUGUAACUAUGAACUACCAAGGAAACCUUUCAGCCUUGAUAAUAAGCCUCCUUCUCUGCCUCCAUUGCACCCGCAGUGGAGCUUUUCCAAAUGGUGAAUGGGCUGGUGAGAUGUAGCCCUGGGCAGGAUGCAACCAGCCGCUUGGAAGCUUGCUGUGAGAGUUUUACAAAAUACUUUCGGGUCAAAAUCACCCGUAUCCACACCAAACUUAAACACCACAGCUGAUACAGGCCCUGUAGAAGUGUUUAGAGCACCCUCUGGUUAAGGUUUGUGCAGAUACCAUCUCAUCCUGAGGUUCUUUCUGCACAAUGUAGAAAUCUGGCUUUUGGUGUGAUGGAAUCUCCCCUUUGGAACUUCCUCCAGACAAGUGUAAUUAAUGUUAUCUCUUCGGCACUAGCUGAAGGCCUUCAUUUCCCAACAAGCUUUUAAAGUAGAGAUUCUUAUCUCAGCCUGUUUAUGUAUUGGAUUUAAAUUGUUUCUAUGUACAUUUCGUUGCUGACGUUUUUAUGGCUGACUGCUUCGGUGUGUUUCAUGGGAAGCGAUUAAUGAAUGCAGUGAAAUAGGCAUGCCCAUGCAUGUCUCAACCUUACCAUUUUUCUUUAUUUUAUGCUUUUCCUUUUAGGUAGCAAAAUGAAAUUUCUGCAAAAGAAGUGAGAAGAAGCUGAGUGCAAAAUUGCUGCUAAGAGUGGUUUCAUGUUCUCGCCUGGCUGUCCGAAGGGGGCGCCACAUUGCCUGUUGCUGCAGCGUCAGAUGGGAUGACUCGAAUUCAAGCUCAGAUACCCUUCAAAUAAUUGGAAGAAAGGACAUCAGAUCUGGGUGGAAUUCUCAAAUCUUUGCUGUGCCCAGUCCAACGGGACUAUUACUGGGAGAAACUAGGCUUCUGUGUCUUUGUAGAAUUGGUCUACAAAGGAGAAUCCAAUUAGCUGUGUGAACUAUCCCUGUUUAUGCUGCUUGGCCUGAAGAGACUUCCUACACCCUCCUGUUUUUAUAAAUGACUCUUGCUCAAAGUAGCCCUGAGGGCUAAGCUGAUACCUUUUAAUAAGAGGAAUGAACCAGAAAUUAAAAAAAAAAAAACGAAUUCAGGAACUGACCUAUGGCAAUACUGCACUGCAGAGAUUCUCUGCACCUGGAAACUUCCUCUAAAACUGGAAAGGCAAACCUGUACUCUAGGGCCUGUUCAUCCGUCUUCCUGUUACGUCCUCUGCUACUGGCCUAGGUUUAGCCACAUUCUCUUAUUAACUGUUGGCUUUACUUAUGUCUUUCAAAGCUUUCUGUUUUUCAAAUGUUGAAAGCAAGACGAGAACACCCACUUCUUUGUUUGUUCUAUUGGUUUUUAUACUGCAAACUUCAACCUGCUGCAAAUAUACAACUUCUGUGCCUUUUUGCAGACCUGCUUUUGCUACAUCAGGGGAUAUACCUCAGUCAAGACUGGUGUUUACUGGCCAAGAAAAUGGCAUUUAAACCCAAUUUGGGAAUACGAAGACUUUUGAAAAACAAAAUCAAAAAGUGGAAUUCAAAAUGAGUUUGUUUUGGUUUGAUACAGAACUAUGGUAAAAGAAAAGUGAGUUUCUUACCAUUGCAUUUUGUUGUGAAAUGGGUGGGAUAGAAAUGGGUUCUUCCCUGUAAAGCGUUGCUCUAAUUUACCACAGCUGAACAUUCAUCAAAAACAUUUUCUUCCUCAUCUACACCAAGGUCUGUUGUUAUCUGCUUUUAGGGAACCCUUAUUCCUCCUGGUAGCUUGCACACUAUUUCCAACAGCUGUUUAGAGUGUAAAGGCAAAUACCUGUGUCACUUCCCUAAUCAACUAUGGCACAGCAUGUCAUUUUCUUAUUGGACCAGCCUUGUAUUUAAGGACUUUGCAGGCAGGCUGGCAAAGCAGGAACUGAGCACCCUGUCCCUCUUUUGAGCCCAGCAUAGAAACCAAGCAGGUUGCUAGAGGAGGGAAAGUCCCUUCCUUCAUGCCCAGCAUAGAAAUGCUGCUUCCCAUCCUUUUGCCAGCCCACAGUAGACUAUUAACUUUUUUGGGGUGCUGGCAACUUUGGAGGGCUUAUUUACAAGGCAGUAUUAGACUACUCCAAUUACUCUUGCCUCUGUGGACCUGUUGGAUGUAGCCAAAGACUACACUCCAGUGGCGCUUUACCAUAUGUUUACAUGUAGGAAAUAGACUCAGGAUGAAUGCAUGGGACUGUUGUACAGCCUUGGAAUCAUAACAAAUGAUCACACGAGGAAUUCCUUUGACGUACAGAGCGCUGAUGUACCAAAUUGCCUUUUCUCUGCCUUACAGUCUCAUUGACCUCUGGAUUUGAGUGAAACGUGAAUUUCAGGUCUUCAUGGUUUUUUAAAAUAUAUUUAUAUAUUAAUGCUUGUAUCUGAAAGGUGCUUCUUUCAGUGGGGACAGUUCCUGAUUUUUAUUUUUUUUGCUGUGCCAAAAAACAUGAAGACAAAACGUCAAAUGUAUAUAUGAGGAUAACAUCAGAGAACUUUUUACAUUUAAUCCUGAGUUGGUUGUACAAGGCAAACAGCCCAUCCCAUAUAUGUUUACUCAGAAGUGAGUCCCUCAACAUUCAGUGGGAUUUGCUCCUUAGAAAGCAUUUGGGAUUUCAGCCUAGGCUAAAAUCCUAUGUGCACCAAUUUGGGAGCAAGUAAAUCUCAGGGAUGUGUGUACUUCUGAGUAAUCAUGCACAGGAUCACAUCGUAACAAGUGGGUCCCAGACACAAAGGAAGUGAUUUUGUUCAAUUUCUGUUCUCACGUGUUUUAGAACCAUUGCUGCGAUUCUGUUUCGAAUCUCUCAUGCUUCCAUCCUUACAGAACUAGAUUCUUGAUGAGAAGAAGCGGAUCUGGUCAUUGAUUUUGUGGGAGCUUUUCAGCACUUAAGACUAUUGCACUUGAUCAGAAGACCAGGAAGAAGAGUUCACCUGUGAUUCUGUUAUUCAUAUCCACAUUUGGGUUACUUUAGCCCUCAGGGUAUGAAACCCACUUUAAUAAUUCCUGUUGCAUACUCCUGGAUGGGAAACAUGCAUCUUUCCCUCAUCUCCAUAAAAACACUUUCCUUCAGACCUUGCGUACUUCUUCUCAGUGGUUGUCUUUCUCCUGUGUAGCACCUUUGUGUGUUUUUGCAGCCUGUUUGCUCAUUCUGGAUAAAGCCAUAUUUUGUGGUGUGUAGAUGAAACCAAAACUAUAUGUACAGUUACAGAUCUGUAAUAAACCAAGUUCUUUAAGGAACUGGUUCAAAUAAAAUAUGCUGUGUUUUUGUGU